AGAUAAUUUUGCCGCUAGUGGUCUGGAUAACAUUAACUGCACAACAUGUAUCAUCAACAUUUCAUCACAAACAAGCUCAGCUUCACCAGACAGCCGACCUGCAUACGAGUGCGCGGAGUAGUCCUACAAACCGAUUAGGAAGAGGUCCCAGCGGCGGAAAUGUCGGAAGACCAGGCCGGGGGCGCGAAGUAUUCUUCCUCAAUCUAGAGGAUGGAUAUUUCGGCUGCCAAGUUAAUAAUUCAGCAGACUACUUGCAAUUGUACGAGCUGUCUAAAUUGUGUGACGGUGUCACGGAUUGCUACCUCGGCUCGGACGAGCGCGCUGACGUCUUGAAAUGCGGAGGUGAUUGUACAAAAGACGACGGAUCCACAUGUCAAAACGGUGCCUGUUUGGACUCACAGUGUCACUGUAAUGAUGGAUAUGGUGGAUGCAAUUGUCAAGAAGCUGACGAAAACGAAUGUAAAUAUCGACCUUGUGAUGUUUUCGCCCAUUGUACGAACACACUCGGAAGUUUUCAAUGUACCUGUUUCCCUGGAUACAGCGGUGAUGGACUCCAUUGCCAAGAUAUCGAUGAAUGCCAGGACCCCGCAAUUGCCGCGCGAUGUGUUGAAAAUUCAGAAUGUUGUAAUUUACCAGCCAAUUUUCUCUGCAAGUGCAACCCAGGAUUCGAAGGAGAUGGCGAGGAAUAUUGUGCAGAUAUUGAUGAAUGUGCCGAACCUGGAGCUUGUGGAAUCAACACGGUGUGCACGAAUACAAUCGGAAAUUAUACAUGCUCAUGCCAAGACGGUUACGCUGGCAAUCCUUUUGAUGGGUGCGUGGAUAUUGACGAAUGUGCAACCGGACUAGCACGAUGUGGACCAGGAGCUAUUUGCUCGAAUUUAGAAGGCAGUUACAAAUGCGAUUGUCCAGCCGGCUUUGAAGGUGAUGCACGCGGCGCAGGCUGUUACGAUUCCGAUGAAUGCGCGCGAUCGCCUUGUGGCCGUGAUGCACUUUGUCAUAAUAUGGCUGGAAGCUUUAAAUGCGUGUGCCCCCCUGGGUAUAAUGGUGAUCCUAUGACCGGAUGCACAGAUAUUAAUGAAUGCCAACACAACCCAUGCGGUCCAAAUGCUUUAUGUACCGAUGCACCCGGAUCCUACAUUUGCACUUGCUUGCCAGAUUACACUGGCGACCCGCGCACCGGCUGUGUUGACAUCGACGAAUGCGCUCUGCUCGAAAGGCCUUGCGGUCCCCACGCGACAUGCGUCAAUACUCAACCUGGCUUCACCUGUAAAUGUCCGCAAGGGUACGCUGCCAGUCCUGAUGCGCGCGUCUCUUGCGAACGUACUGACGUCUCUGUUGGCUGCACGUCGAACUUUGACUGCACUAAUAAUGCAGAGUGUAUUGAUGGCAGCUGUGCUUGUCAAGAAGGAUUUGAGGCUCGAGGAGCGGCUUGCGUAGAUUUGGAUGAAUGUAAAGGAAACCCAUGCGGGGACCCUGACGCGAUUUGUACUAACACACCAGGAGGGUAUAGCUGCAGCUGUAAAGAAGGAUUUACUGGUGAUGCUCACAGACAAUGUACGGACAUAGAUGAAUGCACAAGACCGGGAGCAUGUGGCCAGGAUUCGAUUUGUGUAAAUCUGCCUGGCAGUUACAAAUGCGAUUGUCCAGCCGGCUUUGAAGGUGAUGCACGCGGCGCAGGCUUCUGCAAUGAUUACACUGGCGACCCGCGCACCGGCUGUGUUGACAUCGACGAAUGCGCUCUGCUCGAAAGGCCUUGCGGUCCCCACGCGACAUGCGUCAAUACUCAACCUGGCUUCACCUGUAAAUGUCCGCAAGGGUACGCUGCCAGUCCUGAUGCGCGCGUCUCUUGCGAACGUACUGACGUCUCUGUUGGCUGCACGUCGAACUUUGACUGCACUAAUAAUGCAGAGUGUAUUGAUGGCAGCUGUGCUUGUCAAGAAGGAUUUGAGGCUCGAGGAGCGGCUUGCGUAGAUUUGGAUGAAUGUAAAGGAAACCCAUGCGGGGAACACGCUACGUGUACUGAUUUACCAGGAGCAUACCGUUGCGAGUGCGAGCCGGGACACGUAGGAUCCCCACCGGCCGUACCAUGCCGAGCACCAUGCGAACGCGUCUCGUGCGGCGAACACGCGCAUUGUCGCGCCGAUGCUCUAGAAGCGUAUUGUGUUUGCGAAGACGGUUGGACUUUCGAUCCUCGAGAUAUUGCCGCAGGUUGCGUGGACAUCGAUGAAUGCGAUCCAGUACAUGGACCAAGUGGUCGUUGUGGCCCUGACGCGAUUUGUACUAACACACCAGGAGGGUAUAGCUGCAGCUGUAAAGAAGGAUUUACUGGUGAUGCUCACAGACAAUGUACGGACAUAGAUGAAUGCACAAGACCGGGAGCAUGUGGCCAGGAUUCGAUUUGUGUAAAUCUGCCUGGUAGCCAUAGAUGUGAAUGCCCUGCGGGAACUUUACCUGACCCAGACCCCACUAUUCGAUGUGUUAGCGCUGAAGCUUGUCACAAAGAUUCAGACUGCCCAGGAAAUGCUAUUUGCGAUGAUAGACAAAGAUGUUUAUGUCCAGAACCAAAUGUUGGUCAAGAUUGCAGGCAUCCAUGUGAAGGUAAAAGUUGUGGACCAAACGCUCACUGCAUGUUGAGUUCUGGGCAAGCUGUAUGUUUAUGCAGUCCUGGUUACACUGGAGCACCAGACACGAGUGGAUGUACAGAUAUCGACGAAUGCGCAGGCCGACCAUGCCCAGCUGGUGCUAUAUGCCUCAACGAACCGGGGCGUUUCUCUUGUCAAUGUCCAAGUAAUAGCAAAGGAGAUCCAUAUCGUGGAGGUUGCGCCAAAGUUAUUCCAUCUUCUGGUUGUGGAGAUGGUCAGCCAUGUCCUGAUGGAGAGCAAUGCUUAAUAGAUACAUAUACCGGUAAUAGCAUGUGUGUAUGCAGACAAGGUUACGCAAGAGAUCGAGAAAAUGGAAUUUGCCGAGAUGUUAACGAAUGUACGCAACCUAGAGACAAACCUGCAUGUGGAUUAAAUGCUAUUUGUAAAAAUUUACCAGGAAGUUAUGAGUGUCAAUGUCCAAAUGGAUUUAAUGGAAAUCCUUAUUCAAGUUGCGAUGAAUGUAACAGUCUUGAAUGCCAAUGCCAACCGCCAUAUCAUUUAGUUGACGGAAACUGUAUUCUUGCCGAUUGCUCAGCCGGUGGUAAAUGUCCUCAUGGCGCAGAAUGUAUAUCAAUUGCUGGUGGGGUCAGUUACUGUGCAUGUCCGAAGGGUUACCGAACUCAAGCGGAUGGUUCUUGUGCUGAUGUCGAUGAAUGCGCCGAGAGUCGUCAAACAUGUGGCUACGGUGCUCAAUGUACAAACUUGCCCGGCGGUUUUGAAUGCCAAUGUCCUUCUGGGCAUAGUGGAGAUCCAUAUCGCGGUCUUUGUACUCCAGAGCAGAGACGUUGUGUAGCAGAUGGUGACUGUUCGCCGAAUGAAAGAUGUGUACAGCCAGGGGAAUGUGUUUGCCCGCCGCCAUUCUAUACCGACGUACAGGAUGGAAAUCAGUGUAAAAGUCCUUGUGAGCGCUUCACGUGUGGCGUAAACGCACGCUGCACGCCGAGCGAUCCGCCACAGUGUUUGUGCGAGCUUGGCUAUACAGGCGAUCCGUACCAGGGUUGCUCCGAUGAAGACGAAUGCGCCGCCGCUCCUUGCGCUUACGGUGCUCAUUGCAUCAAUCAACGAGGAGGAUACGUGUGCCAAUGUCCAAACGGAAUGACCGGCGACCCGUACAAGGGAGGAUGUAUUCUUUCAAUAAGUUCGACUAGAUCUGAAUGCAAUAGCAACAAUGAUUGUGCAUCUAGUUUGGCCUGCGUUGAUCGUACUUGUGUGAGCCCUUGCGGUAAAUUACUUUGUGGCAAAAAUGCUUAUUGUGAACCAGAAAAUCAUGCAGCCUGGUGUAGAUGCAAGGUCGGUUUUACGGAAGGACCAGAUGGGCAAUGCGUUAGUCAAUGUAAAGAUUUCGUGUGUGGUCAAGGAGCACAAUGCAUAGUAACCAGUGCUGGACCAACCUGUAAAUGUCCUUUCGGCCAUAUCGGUAAUCCAUUCCCCGGUGGCCAAUGUACUGCGGAUCAAUGCUCAGCAACCCAACCCUGUACUGCGCCGUCCUUAUGUAUCGGCGGGCGAUGUAAAGAACGUUGUGACGGAGUUGUCUGCGGCGUGGGCGCGUACUGCAACAAGGACACCGGGAAAUGUAUAUGCGAACCGUUCUUUGUUGGCAAUCCAGAUUUGUUAUGUAUGCCACCGAUAUCGGCACCAGUAUGUGAUCCAACAUGUGGUCCAAAUGCCCAUUGUGAGUAUGGCUUAACAAACCGUUGUGUUUGUGAUCCUGGACAAAGUGGAAAUCCUUAUGAAGGUUGCGGUGCUCAAGAACGAACUACAUGCGAUCCUCAGACAUGUGGCGUAGGUGCAGAAUGUCGUGAAAGCGCUAGAGGUAUAAGCUGUAUUUGCCCCUCAGGAUACAUAGGAAAUCCCCAUGUUCAAUGUCAUGAUAUUGACGAAUGCUUAGGACCAGCUUGUGGUCAAGGUGCAGUUUGUAUAAACACAGCCGGAAGUUACGAUUGCAGGUGUAAACAAGGUCUUGCCGGAAAUCCUUUCGAAAUUUGUAUGCCUGUACAACAAGGAGAAUGUACUGAUCCACAUAACUGCGCUUGCACUAAAGAUUCCGUAUGUCCAACCGGUUACAAAUGUAUUCUCGGAAAAUGCAAAAAUCUAUGCGAAGAUAUUCGCUGCGGUCCAAGAACGACUUGUGAAUCUGGCCGCUGUUUAUGUCUACCAGGAUAUUCCGGCGAUGCUCACGAUUUAAUAUCGGGUUGUUCAGCUAGUCAAUGUGAUAACGAUGGGGAUUGUGCAGAUAAAGAAAUUUGCUUUUUAUACUCAAAGGGCCCGAGAAAAUGUGUUGAUGCUUGUGCUAAAUUGCAGUGUGGGCCAAACGCGUUGUGUGUAGCACGAGAACAUCGCCCCGCAUGUAUAUGUUUUGAAGGUUAUGGUGGAAACCCCGCAGAUUUAACAAACGGUUGUCAGCCAGAAGCUCGUGUACCGAUUAGAAGUGGGUGCCAAUCUGAUGAUGAUUGCGAUUUAGGAUUGACCUGUGUAGCAGGGCCAGAUGGAAGGAAACUCUGUGGAAACCCAUGUGAUUCUGUAGCUUGUGGUCAGCACGAAGUAUGUGCGUUAGAUAAUCGAGGAAGUGCCAUAUGUCAUUGCAGUGAAGGUUUUCUAUGGAACCCGAUAUCCUCUGCUUGCGAAAAACCAACUAUUCCAGAUUGCCAUAGUAAUUCUGACUGUCCUCAAGAUUCUGCCUGUCGAUCGGAUGCUUUGGGCGUUUUAAAAUGCUCGCAUGUCUGCGCCGAAUUUACUUGUCCCGCUAACGCAGUGUGUGUGGCUACCAAUCAUGUUGGACAAUGCCAAUGUCUUCCGCAAUUUACUGGUAAUCCGGAUGAUCGAAAAGGUUGCCAACCCACUUCACAAAAUCAAUGUACGACUAGCGCCCAAUGCUCUGAAAUAGAUCAAUGCACUGCAGGAGAUGAUGGUAUAUUAGCCUGCAGGCCAGCUUGCCAAGAUGUAAAAUGUGGUCCCAGAGCUAUAUGUGUCGCAAAUAAUCAUGCGGCUCGUUGUCAAUGCCCUCCUGGUCCAUAUGCCGGAGAUCCAAAUGAUAUGAUCAGAGGUUGCGAAAGUGUACCUUGCGUGUAUAACGCUGAUUGUCCACCUAUUCAGUUAUGUAAUAGAUUGACGCAUACUUGUUACGAUGCAUGUGGUGAAGACUCUUGUGGAGAAAAUGCAAUAUGUAUUGCUGAAGAUCAUCGCUCCGUAUGUAUGUGCCCACCAGGUUAUCGACCCAAUCCUGUAGCAGAAGUUGAGUGCGUUCCUGCAGGUUUCUGUGAUAAUCAUCCAUGUCACCCUUCAGCCUUUUGUGAACAGGGACCUUCAGGACAUAUAUGCAAAUGUCCAUCAGGGCAAAUAGGCGAUCCUUAUAGUUCAGGUUGUCGUGCUGAGGGUGAUUGCCCAAAUGGUGAUAGUGAUUGUCCAUCAGAUUCAGUUUGUAAAGGAGGUAGAUGUACUGAUCCAUGUAUUGGUGCAUGCGGUCCAAAUGCUCUAUGUCGUGUUAUUAAUCAAACACCGAUUUGUUCUUGCCCGGCACGUUUUAUAGCUGCUGUUACCGGUGCAAGAGAUGGAUGUCUAAGGGUUACAUUAGCUUGCAACGGUGAUGCUGAUUGUGCAGGAGAAAUAUGCGUUAGUGGUCAAUGUAAAGUGGCAUGCAGAGAUAAUUCCGAUUGUUCAGUUGGCGAAAAGUGUUUGCAAAAUACAUGCACAGUUCUUUGUUCCGGUCAUGCUCAAUGUCCUUCAGGUCAAGCGUGCUUCUCGGGCUCAUGUGUAAUUGGAUGCCGAAGUAAUAGUGACUGUGCCAGUGAGCAUGCCUGUGUUAAUAAUAAAUGUCAUGAUCCUUGUUCAUUAGAUGGAGCUUGUGGAAGCAAUGCGCAAUGCGCAUGUACUGAUCAUACUGUAUCUUGUAAAUGCCCAGCAGGUUUUGAAGGCAAUCCAAUUCCACAACAGGGUUGCGUCCGUGUUCCUUCUACCUGUGAAGCAUCUAAUGAAUGCCCAGCGGGACACAUGUGUAUGGCAAAUCGAUGCAAUCUUCCCUGCACAUCAAACAGCGAAUGUGCUAUUGGAGAGAAGUGCGCGAAUAAUAUGUGUACUAAAGUAUGUUAUACCAACAAUAAUUGCCUGCCCGGUGAAAUUUGUACUUCAGGAAUUUGUAUACCUGGAUGUGCUACUGAGGCAGAUUGUCCAAAUCAUGAAGUUUGUAUAGGAGGAAAUUGUCAAUGUGCUAAUGGUUUUUACCCUCUUUCAAUUGGUUGUGCUGAUAUAGACGAAUGCACUGAGCAUCCAUGUCAUAUAAGCGGAAAAUGUGUUAACAUUCCCGGAUCAUUUCGCUGUACAUGUCCCGCCGGAACUGUGGGGGAUGCAUAUUCAGAACCAGGAUGCAAAAAGCCAUUACAAUGUACUAAUGAUGCAGAGUGUGCUGACACUCUAACCUGUGUAGAAGGCCGCUGCUCAGAUCCUUGUUUAUCCAUAAAAUGCGGUUCAAAUGCUUUAUGCACUAGUGCAGAUCAUCAUGCGAUAUGCACUUGUCUACCUGGACAUUUAGGAGAUCCCACGAAUUCUCAAACUGGAUGUUUCCGAGUUGAAUGCCUAGCGGAUGAGGAUUGUUCUCCAGAUAGACACUGCCACCAAGAAUAUAAUCGUUGUACAGAUCCAUGUGAACAGGUCGAUUGCGGAAAGGGUAGCUGCACAGUGCAAAAUCAUCGCGAAAUUUGUGUUUGCUUCCCUGGCUAUACAUUCAUAAAUGGUAGAUGUGAGGAUAUUGAUGAGUGCGCUACAAAUCCAUGCCAUAGCACGGCGCAAUGUCAGAACGCUGCAGGCACAUAUACCUGUUCGUGCGCUCAUGGACUGGUCGGCGACCCAUCAGCUUUAGGAUCUGGGUGCCGCGCACCAGGCGAAUGUUUUACAGACUCUGAUUGUCCAUCUACUGCAGCUUGUGAAAAUAAUAAAUGUCGCGAUCCUUGCGAAGCGAGCGAUGCUUGCGGUAAAAAUGCACUCUGCAUUACUCAAGCUCACAGCGCAAGAUGCAGUUGUCCGCUACAAACUAGAGGAGACCCAAUUAUUGAAUGUCGUAUAUUAGAAUGUACUGAUAACAACGAUUGUGCUGCAGAGAGAACUUGUUUGGACGGAGAAUGCAUAGACCCAUGCAGUCUCUCUAGCGCAUGUGGAGAACUAGCCGAUUGUUCUGCGGUUAACCAUAGAGGCAUAUGCACGUGUAGAGCAGGCACUACAGGCGAUCCACUUUUAGGUUGCGUGGCACUUCAAUACUGCGCGAAUGACCAACACUGCUCUGCUGGAACUGCAUGCAGCGGUGGUUUAUGCACACCGCUAUGCACGAGCAAUCGCGAAUGUAUUGGAGAGCAAUUAUGUAUUCGUGGUUCCUGCCAACCGACCUGUCGUUCCAAUUCUACAUGUCCAGAUCAACUUCAUUGUAUUGAUAAUAUCUGCACUCAAUUGCCAGGAUGCCAACAUGAUGGUGAUUGCAUUGAUAGCGAAACGUGCACAAUUGAUGAACGGGGUCAAGCCUCCUGCCGUGACCCUUGCGAAUUAUCUGGAGCGGCUUGUGGUAGAAAUGCGUUAUGUACUUCAACAGGGCAUCAAGCACGAUGUACUUGUGCUCCAGGAUUCUUUGGAGAUCCAUCCAAAGAAUGUCAUAGUGGCGAAUGCAUAACAAAUGAAGAAUGCCCAUCUGAUAGAAUUUGCAAUAAUAGAGCUUGUAUACCACUUUGUCAUGAUAUAUCAGAAUGUGGCGAAAACGCGUUAUGUUUUGCUGAAAACCACGAAAAAAUUUGUCACUGUAGUCCAGGAUAUACUGGUGAACCCGAAACUGGUUGCAGAUUAUUAGAUUUUUGCAAAAAUGCACCUUGUGCUCCGGGCGCUAGAUGUGAGUUAGGCGCUGGUUCGUUCAGAUGUUUGUGUGCUGACGGAGCUGUUGGCGAUCCUUAUAAUGAUGGCUGUAGAGCUGCUGUUGAAUGCGAACAUGAUGAUGACUGUCCAGAAGCUGCUAUGUGCAGACGGGAUGGUCCAGAACCAAAAUGCACAGAUGUAUGUGAAAGAACUGCUUGCGGUCCGAAUGCAGAAUGUAAACCGUCUGGACAUACGAGUUUCUGCCAGUGUCGUGAUGGAUUUGAAGGAGAUCCAAACGAUUCAACAAUUGGUUGUAGACCACUUCCAGCACCUUGUCGUACUACUGCAGAUUGUAGAGCUGGUACCUACUGCCAUGGCGAAAUUUGUCGACCACCAUGUCGCUCCGAUGAUGAAUGCUCACUUACUGAAACUUGCAUGCAUGGAAGAUGUGUAAAUCCUUGCCAGCAACCUAAAACAUGUGGUAUGAAUGCUGAUUGCGCCGUUCUUGUGCAUUCGGUUUCAUGUACAUGCCCGCCAGGAUUUACAGGAAAUCCACAAUUGGAAUGUGUCCGAAUUCCCGUAUCCUGCACAUCUGAUUUAGACUGUGCGGAAGAAAAUAGCUGCAGAGAAUCUAUUUGCUUACCUACAUGUAGAGCAGACCAAGAAUGUGCAAAGAAUGAAAAGUGCAUCAAAGGAAAUUGUAUUUUGACCUGCCGAGUGGACAAUGACUGCUUCCUUGGACACAUUUGCUUGCGUAAUAUGUGUGUCUAUGGCUGUCAUACUGACUCCGACUGUUCUGCAAGUGAAACUUGUCGUAAUAAUCGAUGCCAUGAUCCAUGUUUGGGAGGGCCUUGCGGUCCAAAUGCCCAAUGCAGUGUCAUCAAUCAAAGAGCAGUUUGCUCGUGUCCACCAGGAUUAGUUGCUUCACCAUCGGCUCAAGUUGCUUGUGUUAGAGCUCCUUUAUCUGAAUGUACUGAGCACAGUUCAUGCCCAACAGGUCAUGCUUGUACACACGGUCUCUGUAGGCCACUUUGUGGAUCAGACGCUGCUUGUUUAAGCAAUGAAAGAUGCGACCGUCUUGGUGUUUGUAAGUCUUUAUGUAGACGUGAUGAAGAGUGUAGGAAUGGGGAACUUUGUCACAAUCAGGAGUGUGUACCUGGUUGCAGGGCUGACUCAGGGUGCUUGGAUCAUCAGACAUGUAUCCAUGGCCAAUGUGGAGAUCCAUGUCAGUCGCCUACGGCAUGUGGAACAAACGCUAUUUGUCUCGUUGAAAAGCAUCGUAAACAAUGCAAAUGUACAGCUGGAUUAAUAGGUGAUGCCAAUGUAUCUUGCAAAUACCCACCCACGUCAUGUCAUGUAUCAACUGAUUGUCAACCAGGUCAAACAUGUUUUAAUGGAAUCUGUCAAGUAACUUGCAGAAAUGAUCAAGUAUGUUUAUCAGAUGAAAGAUGCAUUAGAGGUGUAUGUCAUGCUAUAUGCAAUAGCGACGCAAAAUGCGGUUUUGGGCAAAUCUGUGAAAAUCGUGUUUGUCAAAUUGGUUGUCGAAGUGAUAUUUCUUGUGCAUCUAAUGAAGCUUGUAUAGAAAAACAAUGUAAAGAUCCAUGUACAGCUAUAGGUCAAUGUGGACCAUGCGCCAGCUGCUCUGUAGCAGAUCAUGGAGUUCAAUGCUCUUGUCCUUCUGGCUUUCUCGGAAACCCAAUGACUUUAUGUAGAAGAGCGGCCAUAAGAUGUGAUGGACGUUGUGAAUGCGAUGAAGAUGGUUAUUGUUUGACGAGAUGUACCAAAGAUAAUCAGUGCGCCUGUGGUGAAAGCUGCUAUGAAGGAAAAUGUAGAACACGAUGUUCACCCAUAGAUUCGGACAGUUGUCCUGAUGGAAAAUUAUGCAUUUCUGAUGCUGUAUGCAUACCCGGCUGCCGCACUAAUCAAGAUUGUUCAGAAAAUAAAGAAUGCAGAUCUGGUAAAUGUAUAAAUCCCUGCGAAGGUGCUUGCGGAGUUGGUGCAAUUUGCAGAGCUGCAGAUCAUCGUGCCCUAUGUUUAUGUCCAGAUGGAUAUAGAGGAGAACCAAGUGUAAGCUGCAAAUCUUAUGAAUGUGACACUGACGAUGACUGCGAUUCAGAGCAACAUUGCUUUGAAAAGUCAUGUAGAAAUCCAUGUUUAAUAGAAGGAGCUUGUGGACAAGAUGCUCAAUGUAGAGUUAUUGGUCAUAGAGCUCAUUGUACAUGUCCACCAGAUUUCUUCGGAAACCCAUCUGUAAGAUGUCAAAGAGCAGGCCAAGAAGCUUGCUUGCGUCAACCUUGUGGAACCAAUGCAAUAUGCACUAACGUGCCAGGUGGCUAUGAGUGUAGCUGCGCUCCUGGUUGCAUGGGAGAUCCAGAUCGCGGUUGCGUUUGCGAUGGUGAACUGGUUAAUUUAUGUCGAGAUCAUCCUUGUGGUCUGAAUGCACAAUGCAGAAUGACACCAGGAGAUUAUCCACAAUGUUAUUGUCCAGUUAAUUUCCCAUCAGGAGACCCAUAUGUCCAAUGUACCAUCGAGAGAUCAGCUCCGGAUUGUCGGACAUCAGGCUGUGGUUUAGGCGCUGAUUGUUUGCGACAGGGCUUACGAUUUGUUUGCAAAUGCCCACCGGGUAUGACUGGUAAACCAGAAGUAGAAUGUCGAAAAGAUUCUGAGUGCUCAGCGGACCGUGAUUGCCCUGGAGAUCGUGCGUGCACUGGCGGACGAUGUAUUGACCCAUGCUCCCAACGGGGUGCUUGCGGCGAGAAUGCACUUUGUACCCCUUUGCUGCACAAAGCCCGUUGUUCCUGUCCAAACUGCUACAUAGGCCGUCCUCAGAUAUCAUGCAGACCAGAUCCGAAAUGCAGAGAAGCUACUCCGAUUUUACCAGCAAUUCCGUGCAAAACAGACAGCGACUGUCCUUCGGACAAGGCUUGUGAUCGAGGAUUAGCUGAAUGCAGGGACCCCUGUCAAUUGGGCCCUGUUAUUUGUGAGGAUAACAAAAAAUGUGAAGUGCGGGCAAGGCGACCAGUAUGUGUUUGCCGCGCUGGAUUCGUCGUCAACGAAUCGGGAGAGUUGGCAUGUGCCCCGGAAGAUGCGCAAUGUACAACCAACGACGAAUGUGCUUCUAAUUUAGCUUGCAUUAAGGGUGAAUGCCGCGAUCCUUGCAUUACACCACAUAAAGAUAAUCCUAUAUGUUCAUCUGACAAAACAUGUCACGUCCUCGAUCACAAACCAAUAUGUUUGUGCCUUAAGGGGUGCAGUCCUGCUCUAUCAAUUUGUCUCCGAGAUGCUGGCUGCCCACCAGGCUUAGCUUGCAAAAACUUUAAAUGCGAAAACCCUUGCGAUGGAGUAAAAUGUCCAGACGGUACACCAUGCUACGUUGAAGAUCACAAGCCAGUUUGUAAAUUCUGUCCGCCAGGAUUUGUCUCAGAUGCUAAACAAGGAUGUCUCAAAGCAGAACUUCCAUCUAGCUCUCGAGAGUGUACAGCAGACAGCGAUUGCGAGCAGCCUAGCGAAACUUGCGUAGGUGGUCGCUGCUCCGACCCCUGCGCAGGUCGUUGUGGUUUAUCUGCUCUCUGCGUGACACAGACCAAUAAUAUUUCCGUCUGUCAAUGCACUUCUGGUUAUACAGGCAAUCCUUUCAACCAAUGUUUUCCUCUCACUAAUACUACUGUUCCUAUAGGUUUCCUACCUAAAACAACUAAAGCUGACACUAGUCUUGAAGUAGAAAAUCCAGAAUCGGUAACGAAAAAAAUUAUGGAUUUCACAGUGACUGCUGAACAGCAAACGCGUAGCACUGUACCUGACACAGAUAUCGACAUAAUAAAAAGUACAACUGCUAAAUCGUUUAGCAGCGAAAAAACUUCUGAUAUAGAGAAUAUUUCGAAAUCAACGCGUAAGGAUACUAUUGGUGAUAAAUUUGAUAUUGGAAUUACGACAACUUACCCAUACACAACUACGAGUAUCGAUGCUAUGAAUAAAGGAAGUUCAUUGCCACUAUCUACAACGGAUGAAACACUUUUGACAACAACUGCAUCGUCGGUGGAUGCUUCAAAAUCUGCAACUCAGUUUACUGAAACUGCUAUAUCAGAUAGUAGUACUGAAAAAAUACAUUCUUCGAUAUUUACUACUGCUUCAGGCAAAGAUGAUAAAGAAACAAUAGGUUCAACACAGUUUUCUUCUAAAAUUUCAGAUCUUGUUACUGAAUCCACAUUAUAUAGUACCACGGAAAAUACGUCUUCUUCAACGUUGAGAAAUAUUUUAGACAUUGAUAAUGAAUCAAACGCUACUACAAAAUCGUAUUCAAAGACUACUGGUAAUUUGAUUAAUUUGUCACCUUCUGACAGUACUGAAAAAACUCCUUCUUCUUCAGUACAUAAUACUUUACGUGAAAAAGAGGGUGACGAAUACAGCACAACACCAUUUUACAUCAAACCUACGGAAAAUGUUAUAGAAACCUCUACGGCUCAUAGCAGCAUAGAUGAAACGUCUUCUUCGGUAUUAACCACAGACUCAAGUGAAGGAACAAAAGGCGACAUUUUAGGUACAACACCAUUUAAUUCGGAGCAUUUGGAUUACAUAACUCAAACUAGAAUACUAUAUAGUACCACUGAAAAACAAUCUUCAGAAAUUUUAUCUGAAAGAAUGAGUACCACUCAGUAUAGGCCUACAAGUCAAAGUAUUGAUAGCAUAACAUCACAUAAUAUUACGGAGAAUGUGCUCUCUUCAAUCUCUACUGUUAGUGAAGAUACAAGCGAUGCAUCAUAUACAACACAAUAUUCAACUAAAAUCAAGGAUCAUCCUAUUGAAGCAACAACAGGAUUUAAGUCAGAAACUAUGGAUAUUACUGAAACCGAAAUACCCUACGAUAGCACGGCAAAAGAUUUUUCUUCACUUAUUACUAAUAUUCCACAAGACGAAACAAAGGAUGAAAAAACUGGUACUACACAAUCUUAUUCUAAAUCUACGCAUCAUUCGCGUGAAAAUAUAGCAACAACUGUUCUUCGAGAAAAUACAGAAAGACAAAUAUCUGGAGAUCACUUUACUGAAGAUCCAUUUUUAUUUAGAAACACAGAGAAUGUGCUUUCAUUAACCUCUACUACUGUGUUAUUUGAAGAUACGAAAGAAGAGCAGUCGACAACUACACAGUUUUCUUCUAUAUUCACAGAUCAUUCAACUGAAAUUACAACUUCACAUAGAACCACAGAUGAAAUAUUUAGUGCAGAGUCUACAACUACAUUUGAUAAAAGUACGAAAGACGAUAAGUUUAUGCAACCAUCUGAAUUCAUUUCAUCAGAAAGUACUGAAAAAUCCACUGAUAAAUAUCAUACUGAAGAGACUACAUACCCAACAGAUUCAACAAAAAAUUAUCAUUUUGACACAACUGAAAAAUUUAAGACUACGACAGAUUUUUCAAGCACAAUUGCUGACAAAUCUAUUACAAGUAAGUUUUUACAAGAAAAAACCACUGACUCGAUGUUAUCAAGUACAUAUAAAUCUGCAUCAGACUCUGCAACAAAAAUUGAUAUAAAUAAAGAGACCAUGUUCACCACGCAAAGUCAUCAAACAACUGAACCUUCUUCAAAAAUGCAUUACAUUACUACUGAAACAAUUAAUGAUAUCCAAAGUAAUGAUAAAACUCAGCCUGAUAUAAAUAAAAUUAUGCCUUCCACAGAAAGUUCUACUAUUUAUAGAGACGUUGACGGCGAGGUUGAAGUUACUGAGUAUUUCAAACCUAUAGAAUUGCCUCAUCAAACUUCACAACAGCCAGAGAUAACAACGCAAUAUGAAUCGCAUACAGAUACACUAGAUUGGAAUUUAAAUUUAAAAACAUCUACUGACACAAAUACCAUAAAUGAAAUUAUAAGUGUUGAUCGAUUUAAUGUACCGAAUACUACACUAUCUUCAGUAGCCGAUGACGCCAAUAAACAUGUAACCGAUGUAUUUUCUUCCACGGAAAGUAAUAAGAUUGAAAACGUCACUCUCGUCGAUUCUGUAAAAACUCAAUCUACGAAUAGCAUCACUUCAUCUGAAAACACACAACAUACAGAUACUACUAUUACAGAAAAAGCUAGUACUGUUGAAUCAAUAACCAAAUAUACCAAAACUGUUGGCUCAACUUCAAUAUAUGAUUUGCAUACAACAGAAGAUUAUAGUUAUACAAAACCAUCAACUACCCAAGAAGGUGACGAAAUCACAACUUAUCGCGGUAAUUAUAUUCCUACUUCGAGAUCUGAAAGUAAAACUGAAAAAAUACCUCAAUAUUAUUCGACUACGAUUCCAACAAAGAUCACUGACCUAACCGAAAAUGAUGUAAUUCAUAGUACAACUAUUACAAGUAAAAUUAAAGAGCAUUCAGAUACAACCGCUUUUGAUGAAUUGACCACGGAAUCAGUGGCGACAAGCAGAAAAAAUAGUCGGUAUCCGAAUACCUUUUCAUCCAAUGAUUUUGUAACUGAAUCAAUGACGACAGAUAUAGUAAAGCAUUAUACGGAUUCAAGUAUUGAUAAAAUGAGCACUCUUGACAAUUCUUCUAAUCAAGCUACAAUGCGCACAACUUCAUUAUUAUAUGCAAAAUCUACAAGCGUACCACACCUAGACCAAGAUAAAUCUACAAUAGAAAAUAUAUGGACCACAAAAAUUGUGACAAUGCCGGAAAUUGAUAAAAUUUCAAUUCAUGCAAACGAACAAAUACAUGAUGAUACUACAGUUCACAGUUACACUACACACACAUAUUCCGAGCCAUCAAUAAUAUCUACGAUGGAUACUACUAGCAAACAAAUUGGCUAUGAUGGCAUAAGUACAAAAAUAAGUGAAUUCACAGAAAUUAUAAGUGGUCAAGAUGUAACAGAACCUGCCAACGCUUCUAUUAACAUGACUAGUACAUAUGAUGAUAGUCAUACAGAUUCUUCAGAAGCUAGUUCUAUAAAAGAAACUUCUACAACAAACAUAAUUGAUAAAUUUACAGCUGAAACAACAACCGAUGAUAUAGAACAAACAAAAGUUACGAAACCCAAAUAUGAUCAAAUGAUUAAUCAAAAAUCAACGAAUGAAGAACUUUUCACUAGCACCGAAUCCUUUACUUAUAAACCCAGUUCCGUUACUUCGGAAACUGUUGAGAUGAAACAAACAGAAAAUAUCGGUACGACAGAAACUAUACAGUCAACAUCGGAGGAAUUCACUUCAACAUUUGAAGGAUUAACACCAAAUAGUACAAAAGUCUUUGAUCAGACUACUCAAAUUGAAACAACGUCACCAACGAAUGAUUUUCCAAUCUAUAAUAGAACUAUGACAUAUACAAACAUAACAGAAAAAAUGCCGGAUUCCACUGAAACAUCAAAGUUAUUUUAUGAUAUUAAAAAUGUUACUCAUUAUCAGACAUCGACAGAAACGAUUAAACUUGAUUCUACACAUUAUUCUGAUGAUACUACUACUGCAUAUAAUUAUAAAGUCAUAAAUGAUAGUACAACAAUAAAGUCUGCAACAGAGAUUAUUACUACUGCCUCAACUAAAAAUGAAAGCGAUGCCAACAUUAAUGGUAUUGCAAUUACAACAGAAUCUAUUUCAACCGCCUUACAUACGUUAUCAGAUAACAGUAGAGGAACAACUACUGAAUACGUUACACCAAAUGAAUCUUCAACUAGGGAAGCCAUCGAUGCCUUUACUGGACAGGAUAACUUUACUGGUUACACGUCAGGUGAUAAUUACACUACAAUGAGAAUUCCAAUAGAAGAUAUUGUUUUCACGAACAGAAGUACCAUAACCUCUGAUACAAAUCAAGAAUCAAAUACUAUGAGAAGCUCUGCUACUGAAAUGUAUAAUUCAAUUAAAAACGAAAGUAUUUAUACUACCACCUCAAAUGAUGGUGUAACGAAAUCUAAAGAUGAUGGUGUUGAGAUUGUAUAUAAGACAACAGUUAGUUCUAAGUUUACAACAACUGAGAGUGCUACCGAGAAAUUCGCACAAACAAAAGUCACUAGCGCAUCAUCGCCUUUGGAAGAUACAACUACAUUUACAACGUUAUCAAAUACUGUAACUUCUUCAAAUCCCAUGACUACUUUUGCAGUGAAUAAUACAUUGGACGAAAACACUAAAUCUGAUGACCUUACUACAUCAACUUCUGUAACAAAAGAUAAAUGGAAUGAAACUAAUUCAACAAAAAUAUUGCAUACUGGCAAACCAGUGUUUUUGACUACAGAUGGAUAUAAGAUAAUUGACACAGUCACUGGUACAAGUUUUCAUGAUGUAACUACAGCAGAACCUUAUUCGACUUCGAAAAUUUCUGAUAAAAUAUCAAAUAGUCCAUCAACACAUACUGAUUUUGAUUAUGUUACUGAACAAUUUUCCACAACACACAUUGAUAAUACAGGAACUACUUCUGUAGAUCGAAAAGUAGUAACCACAUAUACAAUGCGAACAGAGGGAAGUGAAAACCCAUCUAGCACAACGGAAAUGACAAGCUCAAAUGCCGAUCUUACAAUUAAACCACAAUAUAAUACAGCAAAGGAUGUUGUAGAAACGACUGAUAAAAUCAGAAGUACAAUCGGUGACGAAGAUCGCAAACAAUAUAUGGAUAACGAUACUUCAACAGUCAAAAUUAUUGAAGAACAAACUAAUACCUCAGAAGAUCAACAUACAACUGAAAGCUCGUUUACGGAUUUUACACAUAUAAAUGAUAGACCUGUUACACAAUCCACUCAGUCUACACUCUCAUUUAGAAAUACGAUUUCUAAUAUUCAAUCAGAAGAUUAUGAUGUAGAACCAAGCAUGGAUAAACAAGAACCCACAACUGAUAUUACAACUAAUACAAGAACUACUUAUUUCAGAAAAGAUGAUAGUUGGAAUAAAACAAAAUUUACUGUUGUUCCGGAUACAGAUGAUAACAAAUCUUCUACGGAACCCUAUUUAGAUGAGCACAUGAAACAUACAGAGCAUCAAUUUGAUAUUUCUACGGAUAGAUAUGAUGUUGAUCAUCCAUUAUCUUCUCUGUUGAAUAAAAGCUGUUCCAAUGAUAAAGAUUGUAGUGCUAACAAAGUAUGCACAGAUUCUGGUUGUUCCGAUCCUUGCAUUAUAUAUAAACCAUGUCCGCAAAAUGUAUCUUGUGUAGUUAUAGAUCAUUCAAUAAUGUGUCUGUGCACGUCUGAGCAGAUGGCCACUGAACAAUGUAAUGUUACACCAGAAAUUGGAUGCCGGUCCCAUAUCGAUUGCCCAUCACAACAAGCUUGUAUUAAUGCCCGCUGUUCAAAUCCAUGCACUGCUUCAAACCCGUGUACUAAAUCUGAAGAAUGCCACGUGGAACGGCACCAACCUGUUUGCGUAAAAGUAUGCCAGUGCCAAAAGAGCCAUGAUUGUAAACCAGGUCAUCAAUGUGAUGGAUGUAAUUGCGUUCAUAUAUCUUCCAGAGAUCCCACUAUAAGUACUGGCUGUGAACAUUGCCCUCCAGGAAUGUUUUGCGAUCCAACAACUGGAGCAUGCAUUCGAGGAUCACCCGGGCCUUCAAAGGCUACUGAACCUUGUAGAAGUGACUCCGAUUGCUUGGAUUCUGAAGCUUGUUAUCGAGGCCAAUGUCAAGAUCCCUGUGAGUUUAGCAAAGCAUGUGCGGAGACUGCUAAUUGUCAUGUUAAGCUGCACAGACCGAUUUGCACCUGCCCUACAGGAUAUGAGGGAAAUCCUUCAUUCAAAUGUUCACCAACGAUACCUUUAAGUUGCACUCGGAAUGAAGACUGUUCCUUGACGGAAGCUUGCGUAAAUGGAGAAUGCAUUCAUCCUUGCACAAUACAUAAUCCAUGUGCGCACAAUGCAGUAUGUGUUAAUACAAAUCAUGGAGCUGAUUGUAGUUGUGCUGAUGGUUAUCAAGGAAAUGGAUAUAUCGGAUGUACAACUGCAGUUGUCAUUGGAUCAAUGUGUCAAUACAAUGAAGAUUGUCCACCAGAUAAAUUAUGCGAUAGAUUGAAUAGAGUAUGUAAAAAUCCGUGCCAAGUAGACUCUUGCGGAACGGGCGCUGAAUGCACCCCUGUACAACAUGGCGUUGAGUGCAGGUGCCCCAUUGGAGCAACUGGAAAUCCAUACAUAGAAUGCAAUACAGUUGUGGGAUGCUUAUCGGAUAAUGAUUGUCCGCUUAGUGAAGCUUGCAUAAAUGGUCAGUGUUUGCCACCUUGUCAAUGUGGACACUAUGCAAUGUGCGAAAUUGCAAAUCAUAAGGCUACUUGUAAAUGCCCACCUGGAUAUACAGGAAAUCCGAAUCUCGAGUGUAAACCUCGAACAAACCCAUGCGAUCCAAAUCCAUGUGGAACUGGUGCCAAGUGCGAAGUUGAUCAUGGUAGUCCAAUAUGUUUCUGUCCAAAAGGAAUGACUGGAAACCCAUUUAGAAUUUGCAUACCUGAAGGUGAUGAAUGUGAACGAAAUGCUUGUGGGCCAAAUUCUGGAUGCCGAAUGGUCAAUGGCAAACCUUUAUGCUUUUGCUUGCCAGAAUAUGAAGGUCAACCACCACGAAAACCAUGCCGUUUACCAAAGAAUCCAUGUGAUCCCUCACCCUGUGGUCCCAAUACGCAGUGCACAGUUCUUGAAAAUGGAUUUUCAAAGUGUACAUGUCUGGCAGGAUAUUUAGAAAGCCCGAAUACAAUACGUGGUUGCAUGCAACAACGCUCUCCGUGUGAUCCAAAUCCUUGUGGUCAUGGAGCAAUUUGCGAUCCAGAUAGACAGCCAACUUGUUUCUGUCCCGAGCCAUCGAUUGGAAAUCCAUUCCGAGCAUGUUCAAUGCCACAAAGAGGAACAGAUCUUUGUCAACCUGGUCCUUGCGGCAGUAAUUCUGAAUGCUAUGUUGUAUCAGGCCGUGAGCAAUGUUAUUGUAAAUCAGGAUUUAUUGGAGAUCCCUACACAAAUUGUUACAGAUCACCACAUUCACCUUGCGAUCCUAACCCUUGUGCUGUAGGAGCUGUAUGCAGCGCGUCACCUUCUGGACAACCACUCUGCAGUUGCCCUGACGGAAUGGGUGGAGAUCCUACAUCAGUUGGUGGCUGUGUUGGAUAUGAAUGCCAAACUGAUGAUGAUUGUAGUGCAGAUAAUGCUUGCAUGGGUUUCCGUUGCAGAAAUCCUUGUCCGGGUUCUUGUGGAAUAAAUGCUGAAUGCAGAGUAGAAAAGCACCAUCCAGUAUGCGCCUGUGCUGCAGGAUUAACUGGACAUCCAUUGAAGCGUUGUUAUCAAAUUCAGACACCAUUGCAUGAUGAUCUAUGCAAUCCCAGUCCUUGCGGAAUAAAUACCAUAUGUCAAGUGGUAAAAGGACGCCCUGUGUGCUCUUGUUUACCAGAUUUCUUAGGUGAACCUCAAACUGGAUGUCAAGCUGAAUGUUUAUUAAACUCUGAUUGUCCUGAAGAUAAGACAUGUUCUAACAGAAAAUGUAUUAAUCCUUGCGGUAUUUCGAUAUGUGGAGUCAAUGCACAAUGUAUAGUAAGGUACCAUACGGCUGUGUGCGGUUGUCCAGAUGGAUAUAUUGGAGACCCACUUUCUCUAUGUCAACAAAAACCAAUAAUCCUACCUUACCCAAAUCAGACACAGCCAUGUAUUCCUUCACCAUGCCAAAAUGGUGAUAUUUGUGAAGUGUAUAAUGAUCAGAUUGCAAUUUGUAAUUCUUGUUCUGGACCAAAUGCUAUUAAUAACCCAAUGUGCCGGCCGGAAUGUUUAAUGGAUUCUGAUUGUCCAUUUGAUAAGGCUUGCCUGAGUCGGAAGUGUUCAGAUCCAUGUCCGGGAUCUUGCGGGGUAAAUGCAAGAUGUGCUACUAUUUACCAUAAUCCAGUUUGUAGUUGCCCAACAGGAUUGUAUGGAAAUCCUUAUGAAUAUUGUUCAGUAUCUGAAAUCCCUGAAGAAAGAACUCAAACUUGUAAUGCUUUAAAAUGUGGUGAUAAUACUGAAUGUAAGCAACUUAAUGGCAUAUUAGCAUGUAUAUGCAAAAACGGCUAUUUUGGAGAUCCUUUAAUAGGGUGCCAUCCAGAGUGCGUAGUAAAUUCUGAUUGUGCGAUUAAUAAAGUUUGUGUUGGAAACAAGUGCAAUGAUCCUUGUAUUGGAGCGUGCGGAGUUGGCGCAUUAUGCGAAGCAGUUAAUCACUAUCCUGUGUGCUUCUGUCCACCUGAAACUUCUGGCGAUGCUUUAGUAUCAUGCAACAGAAUAGUUCGCCCACCGCAUGUUACACCAGGUUAUUUACCACCUAAUCCGUGUGAUCCUUCACCGUGUGGUCCAAACAGUAGAUGUCUUAUUUCUGAAAGAAAAUAUGCUGUAUGUUCUUGUUUGCCAGAAUUCCGUGGAAUGCCUCCAUUGUGUCAAUCAGAAUGCUUAGUUAGUACAGAUUGUCAACAGAUUUAUGCUUGUGCUAAUCAGAAAUGUAUAGAUCCAUGCCCAGGUGCUUGUGGAAUAGGUUCUCGCUGCGAUGUAGUAAAUCAUAAGCCUAUUUGUACAUGCCCACCUGGAACACAAGGUGAUCCGUUUACUUCGUGUCAAGUUUAUAUUGAGGAACCUAAAACUAAAAAUCCAUGUAUACCAACUCCAUGCGGUCCAAAUUCAAUAUGUCAAGUUAAGCAAGGUAGACCAGUGUGUUCCUGCGCUGCUGACAAUAUAGGUAGCCCUCCACAUUGCAGACCUGAAUGUGUUAUUAAUCAAGAAUGUCCGAGAGACAAAGCGUGCAUUCAAGAAAAAUGCAAAAAUCCAUGCACAAAUAAUUGCGGACAAAAUGCCAAAUGUGAUGUUGUGAAUCAUACACCAUUCUGUAGCUGCUUAGAAGGUUAUCAAGGAGAUGCUUUUGUAGGCUGCUCCUUGAUACCAAAACAUGUGAUACCACAUGAUCCUUGCUACCCAUCACCUUGUGGAGAAAAUGCUCAAUGUUCUGCAAUAGACGGAGUUGCUCGCUGCACUUGUAUUCCGCCCUAUAUUGGUAACCCCUAUUCAGGAGGAUGCAGGCCUGAGUGUUCUAUUAACUCUGAUUGCGCCAGUCAUUUGGCUUGUUUAUCACAACAUUGUCGUGACCCAUGCCAAGGUCUAUGUGGCACAAGAGCUGAAUGUUCAGUAGUAAAUCAUAUACCAGUGUGUUCUUGUGCUCGUGGUUAUACUGGUGAUCCUUUUGUUUCGUGUCGUAGACAGCCUGAAAUCACUCCUCUUCGUAAUCCAUGUGAACCGUCUCCUUGCGGUCCAAAUAGUUUGUGUCGAGUUAAAUCGGACCGCGCAGUUUGCUCUUGUCAAACUGGCUAUUUCGGUGCUCCACCUGCCUGCAGACCUGAGUGUGCUGUUAGUUCAGAAUGUGCCCAUGACAAGGCCUGCAUAGACCACAAAUGCAGAGAUCCUUGCCAGGGUACAUGUGGAUUGAACGCUAGAUGCCACGUAAUUAAUCAUAACCCAAUAUGCAGCUGCCCGCCAGAAGCCUAUGUAGGCGAUCCUUUCGUACAAUGCGUGCAGAAAUCUGUUGAACCUGAUAUACCUCACGAUCCAUGCCUACCAUCACCUUGCGGUGCAAAUGCCGAAUGCCGCGUAGUGGAAAAUCGUCCAGUGUGUUCCUGUAUACCAGGCAAUCUCGGUGCUCCUCCGAAUUGUCGUCCAGAGUGUUUAAUUCACCAGGACUGUCCAUCUCAUCUUGCUUGCGUUAGAACGAAAUGUCGCGAUCCCUGCGCUGGUUCGUGCGGCUUUAACGCUCGCUGUACCGUGCAAAAUCAUCGGCCCGUAUGUACUUGCCAGCAAGGCUACGAAGGUGAUCCAUUCUCCGGCUGCAGCCCAGCACCAGUAAUAGAAUUACCUCGUGAUCCGUGUUCUCCAUCACCUUGCGGUAACAAUGCAAUUUGUACGGUUCGCGGCGGAGCAGGUGCUUGCACUUGCAAGCCGGACUAUCACGGUGACCCAUAUACUUCCUGUAGACCCGAAUGCGUACAAAAUUCUGAUUGCCCGAUGCAUCAAGCGUGUCUUCAAGAAAAAUGUCGAAAUCCUUGUCCAGGUGUUUGCGGCUUACAGGCUGAGUGCAAAGUUGUCAAUCAUGCACCUAUUUGCACGUGCCUGCCAGGUCACACAGGAAAUCCUUUGACUGCUUGCCGACUUCUUCCACAAAUCACUUUCGAUCCACCUCGGCCUAUUCAAGAUCUUUGCGUACCAUCGCCUUGUGGACCUUAUUCUACGUGCCGUGUGCACACGAAUCAUCCAGUUUGUUCAUGUGCUUCCGGAUAUAUUGGUUCUCCGCCAUAUUGUCGUCCAGAAUGUGUUAUAAGUUCUGAAUGUCCCAUGAAUCAAGCAUGUGUCAGACAAAAGUGUAUUGAUCCUUGCCCCGGUACAUGUGGGACGCAUAGCAAAUGCAAUGUUAUCAAUCACAAUCCAAUUUGCAGUUGCCCAGAUGGGCAAACAGGCGAUCCAUUUAUCGCAUGUUUUCCUAUAGAAAGACGUCCUGUCGAAGAAAAUAAAAAUCCAUGCAAACCCUCACCAUGUGGGCUAAAUGCUAUAUGUAAAACAUCUGGUUUGCAUGCGUCUUGUUCAUGUAUGCCCAAUUAUUAUGGACAACCUCCUUUCUGUAGACCAGAAUGUACCAUUCAUUCAGAAUGCCAAAUGGAUAAAGCAUGUAUAUCAAGUAAAUGUCAAGAUCCUUGUAUAGGUUCUUGCGGUCCUAACACUUUGUGUAGAACUGUGACCCAUGCCCCUGUAUGUUAUUGUAUACCUGGAUAUACUGGCGAUCCAUUCUCUGGAUGUACUGUUAUUGAGCUACCAAUUGUCCACGAAAUACCACAACCUUGUAAUCCAUCACCGUGCGGACCUAACGCUAUUUGCAAAGAACGAAGUGGUGCGGGUUCUUGCACCUGUCUUCCAGAAUAUCAUGGAGACCCUUAUGCAGGAUGUCGCCCAGAAUGUAUUUUAAACGCAGAUUGCCCCAGGCAUAAGGCCUGCGCAAAUAAUAAAUGUAUCGAUCCUUGCCCCGGUACAUGCGGUAUAAAUGCAGAAUGUUAUGUCAACAAUCACGCUCCCAGUUGCUACUGUUUAUCGGGACAUACCGGCGAUCCGCUCAGAUCAUGUCAUUUAAUACCUGAUGUUCGUGAUGUACCAAUUGGCAAUCCGUGCCUGCCGUCUCCAUGCGGUCCAAACAGUAAUUGUAGAAAUGUAAAUGAUAGAGCCGUUUGUUCUUGUAAAAUUAAUUAUAUAGGAUCACCUCCAAAUUGUAGACCUGAAUGUAUGGUCAGUUCUGAGUGCCCUCAGAAUAAAGCUUGUAUAAAUCUAAAAUGUGAAGAUCCAUGUCCGGGGGUAUGUGGGUUUAAUGCUAGAUGCACUACAGUUAACCAUAAUCCCAUAUGUAGCUGUACAGUAGGUUACAUUGGCGAUCCGUUUGUCAGAUGUUACACUGAAGAAAAACCUAUAGUACCAAUACCAAAAGGAAACCCUUGUAUUCCUUCACCAUGUGGCCCUAAUUCACAAUGCCGUACAGUUAACGAUUUACCAAUUUGUUCGUGUUUGCAAAACUAUGUCGGGCGACCUCCGAAUUGUAGACCAGAAUGUACAAUAAACUCCGAGUGCCCAAGUUAUUUGGCUUGUGUUAGUGAAAAAUGUAUUGAUCCUUGUCCCGGUUCGUGCGGUUUUCAUGCUAGUUGCAGCGUUAUAAAACAUUCUCCGAUAUGUACAUGUAACCCUGGAUAUACAGGAGAUCCAUUUUCGGGAUGCUCUAUUAUUCCAUUACAAAUGAUAGAAGAAGUUCGAAAUCCCUGUGUUCCUUCACCUUGUGGAGCGAAUGCAGUUUGCAAGGAGCGUAAUGGGGCCGGUUCUUGUUUGUGUUUACCAGAAUACUUUGGGGAUCCAUAUAUUGAGUGCCGACCCGAGUGUGUUCUAAAUAGCGAUUGUUCUAUGACAAAAGCUUGUGUCAAUAAUAAAUGCAAAAAUCCUUGCCCUGGAGUAUGUGGCGUAAACGCUCAAUGUCAAGUUGUUAACCACUCGCCAUCAUGUACUUGCCUUCCUGGAUAUAUUGGAAAUCCUCUGAGUUCUUGUCAGCAGACACCCAAACUUGAAUAUUUACCGGCACCGGAACCUUGCCAUCCUAGCCCAUGUGGCCUAAAUAGUGAAUGCCGAACAAUAAACGGACACGCAGUAUGUUCAUGCCUUCCUAAAUAUAUAGGGGCACCACCAUCAUGCAGACCUGAAUGUGUAGUUAGCUCUGAAUGUCCACAAGAUAAAGCUUGUAUCGGGGAAACAUGUAAAGACCCAUGUCCUGGUACUUGCGGACAAUUUGCUAGGUGUCACGUUAUUAAUCAUAAUCCAAUAUGUAGUUGUCCAACUGGAUAUGUAGGAGAUCCUUUCUCUACAUGCAUCCCAGAAGAGAAACGCCCAAUACUGAAAGAACCCAGUGGAAACCCAUGCGUUCCAUCACCAUGUGGUCCAUAUUCAAAAUGCAGGGUAGUAAGUGGUACUGGUGCAUGUUCAUGUCUUCAAAAUUAUAUUGGUAGACCACCCAACUGUCGCCCAGAAUGUACAAUUAGCGAAGAAUGCCCAAGCAAUUUAGCAUGUAUUAACGAACGUUGCUUGGACCCAUGUCCGGGUUCAUGCGGUUUGAAUGCUAUAUGUGCUGUUAUAAAACAUUCUCCUGUAUGUACCUGUGAACAAGGUUAUACAGGAGAUCCUUUCACAGGGUGUAAACCAAAUCCAAUUAUCCCCAUCGAAGAUGAAAAACGUAACCCUUGUAAUCCAUCACCUUGUGGAGCAAACGCCGUUUGCAAAGAACGCAACGGCGCUGGCUCUUGUACCUGUUUGCCCGAAUAUUUUGGAGAUCCAUAUAGCAGCUGUCGGCCGGAGUGCGUUACAAACAACGAUUGCCACAGAGACAAAGCAUGUUUUAAUAAUAAGUGCAAAGAUCCGUGUCCAGGAGUAUGUGGACUGAAUGCUAUCUGUAAUACUGUAAAUCAUGCACCAACUUGUUCAUGUAUUAAUGGAUAUGUGGGAGAUCCAAUGUCUUCUUGUCAUCUGCCUGCACCUCCUAUAGAAGACACGCCCAUCGAUCCUUGUAACCCCUCUCCCUGCGGACCUAAUAGCCAAUGCCGCGAGAUAAACGGGCACGCCGUUUGCUCGUGUGCACCUGGAAAUAUAGGUAUGCCGCCAACCUGCAGACCAGAAUGUGUUGUAAGUUCGGAAUGCCCACAAGAUAAAGCAUGUAUUAAUCAGAAAUGUAAUGAUCCAUGUCCCGGAACAUGCGGGCAAAAUGCACGUUGUCAAGUUAUAAAUCAUAAUCCCAUAUGUAGUUGCUCCAAUGGAUAUACUGGUGAUCCAUUUGUACGAUGUAUACAAGAAACAACACCCGUAGAAGCUCCUCGACCAAGUGGCAAUCCUUGUAUACCAUCACCCUGUGGACCCAAUUCACAAUGUCGAGUCGUUGGCGAUACGCCUGCUUGUUCCUGUCUCCCCGAUUAUAUUGGUCGCGCCCCCAAUUGCCGUCCAGAAUGCACUAUAAAUUCUGAAUGUACAUCUAAUAUGGCAUGUCAAAAUGAACGUUGCCGUGAUCCUUGUCCCGGUUCAUGCGGCCCACAUACCACAUGUCAUGUUGUUGCCCAUAAACCUCUAUGUCAAUGUGAAAUUGGUUAUUCUGGCGAUCCAUUCUUGGGAUGUUUCCCAAUUCCGGAAACCCCAAGACCUACAGAAGGACCUAGAGAUCCAUGUAAUCCAAGCCCAUGUGGAACGAACGCUGCAUGCAAAGAACGCAACGGAGCAGGUUCAUGUGCCUGUUUACCAGAGUAUUUUGGAGAUCCUUAUACCGGUUGCAGGCCGGAGUGUGUGAUCAAUUCUGAUUGUGACAGAUUUAAGGCUUGUCUAAAUAAUAAAUGCAGAGAUCCUUGCCCUGGCGCUUGUGGUCUAUAUGCUGAAUGUCGAGUUGUUAAUCAUGCGCCAUCUUGCUCAUGUCUCCCAGGAUAUACGGGUGACCCAAUAUCACAAUGCACUCUGCAAGAAACUCCCAAACAUGAUAUACCAGUGAACCCUUGUAACCCAUCACCGUGUGGUCCUCACAGUCAAUGUAGAGAAAUAAACGGCCAUGCUGUUUGUUCAUGCAUAACAGAUUACAUAGGUACACCACCAUUAUGCAGGCCUGAAUGCGUUGUCAGUUCAGAGUGUCCACAGGAUAAAGCAUGUGUGAAUAAAAAAUGUACAGAUCCGUGUCCAAAUACUUGCGGUCAAAAUGCGCGAUGUCAAGUUGUCAACCACAAUCCCAUUUGUAGCUGUUCUCCUGGUUAUACUGGAGAUCCAUUUUUGCAUUGCUCGAAAAUAGAAUUACCAUCUGAACCAAAAGAUAACGAAAAUCCUUGCGCACCUUCUCCUUGUGGACCGAAUUCGCAAUGUCGUGUAAUUGGAACUCAAGCUGCAUGCUCGUGUCUACCUCAAUAUACAGGAAGACCUCCAAACUGUAGACCAGAGUGUACAAUAAACUCUGAAUGCCCAAGUAAUUUGGCAUGCACAAAUGAACGUUGUGUCGAUCCAUGUCCAGGAUUAUGCGGAACAAAUGCUAGAUGCACAGUUAUUAACCACAAUGCCGUUUGUUUCUGCAAACAGGGUUAUAUUGGCGAUCCAUUUUCGGGCUGCGAACUGCCAAUUCCGCCAGUGACGGAGAGGCCAUCAACUCCUUGCCAACCAUCACCUUGUGGUCCCAAUGCUGAAUGUCGCGAAAGAAAUGGUGCAGCUGCUUGUUUUUGUGUACGAGGUUUUGAAGGAGAUCCAUUUGAUCGGACCCGAGGGUGCAGACAUGAAUGUGAUUCAAAUCAAGAUUGUGAAAGUGCUUUAUCAUGUGUUGGAUUCAAAUGUAUUGAUCCAUGCCCUGGUACUUGUGGAACUUUUGCUCAAUGUCAUGUAGCAAACCAUGUACCAAUAUGUACAUGUCCAGACGGAAUGGCUGGUGACCCAUUUUUCCAAUGUAGAGAAAUUCCUGUUACACGUCGUCCAGUACCAGAACAUCCUUGCCAACCUUCUCCUUGUGGACCAAACAGCCAAUGUAAAGAAAUCAAUGAUCGAGCUGUUUGCUCAUGUGUGCCUGGUUACAUUGGCGCACCUCCUGAAUGCCGGCCAGAGUGUAUCGUAAGCUCAGAAUGUCCCCUUGAUAAAGCUUGUUUAAACCAAAAGUGUACAGAUCCAUGUCCAAAUACUUGUGGAAGAGAUGCACAAUGCAGUACUAGAAAUCAUAAUCCUAUAUGUGCUUGUCCACCAGGAUUUACUGGAGAUCCAUUUAUACAAUGUUUACCAAGACAAGUUGAACGAGAACCAAUUACCACUGAACGUCCUCCAUCUUGUAUUCCUUCUCCGUGCGGACCAAAUUCAAAAUGUGAAUUAAUUGGAUCAAAUACUGCAUGUGCUUGUUUGCCCGGCUAUAUUGGUGCACCACCACAAUGUAGGCCAGAAUGUACAAUAAAUACUGAAUGCUCUAGUCAACUAGCUUGUAUCAAUCAAAAAUGCCGCGAUCCUUGCCAAGGAUCAUGUGGAAUUGACGCAAACUGUCAUGUUCUGAAUCAUUUACCAAUUUGCAAUUGCAACGAUGGUUAUACAGGCGAUCCGUUUAUUCAGUGCAUACUCUUGCCUCCAACAACUAUUACACCUCUAUAUACUGAUCCGUGUAAUCCAUCGCCCUGCGGUCCAAAUGCUGAAUGUCAUAAUGGAGAAUGUACUUGUUUGCUGGAAUAUAGUGGCAACCCAUAUGAAGGAUGUCGACCAGAAUGUGUGCAAAAUCCAGAAUGUGUUCAGAGCAAAGCAUGUAUAAAAAAUAAAUGUCGCGAUCCUUGCCCUGGAACUUGUGGACAUGGCGCGAGGUGUGAUGUUAUUAAUCAUAUUCCAGCUUGUUCAUGUCCAGAUGGAUAUACAGGUGACCCAUUUGUCAACUGUCGCGUGAAAGAGCCUGAGCCUGAAUUGAAACGAGAUCUUUGUUCUCCAUCACCUUGUGGUCCCAAUAGUCAGUGCAGACAAGGAGAAGGUCAUGCUGUUUGUUCUUGUUUGCAAGGUUAUGCUGGUUCUCCACCGUCAUGUAGACCGGAAUGUAUCGUAAGCUCAGAGUGUGAAUCAAGGAAAGCUUGCGUUAACCAAAAAUGCACAGAUCCAUGUCUGGGCUCUUGUGGAUUAGGAGCAAGAUGUGAAGUUAUCAAUCAUAGUCCUAUUUGCAGUUGUCCUCAAGGACAGACUGGCGAUCCAUUUAGAAGCUGUUACGAUAUUCCUAUUGUGAGAGAACCGGAAAUAGUAGAAAAACCAAGAGAUGUUUGCCAACCUUCUCCAUGUGGUCCCAAUUCUGAAUGCCAAUCCACAGGCAGUGCUCCAAUAUGUCGAUGUCUGCAGGGAUAUAUAGGUAAUCCACCUAAUUGUCGACCAGAGUGCAUUAUAAAUCCAGAUUGUCCAACAAAUCAAGCAUGCAUCAAUAACAAGUGCAGAGACCCUUGUCCGGGCUCAUGUGGAACACAUGCGGAAUGCAGGGUAAUUAGUCAUGCUGUGACUUGCACCUGUGCUCAAGGAUUUACAGGAAAUCCUUUUAUUCAAUGUGUACAAAAACAACAAGAACCCUUGAACCCUUGUGAGCCCUCACCAUGCGGUGCUAAUGCAAUUUGCAAACAGCGCAAUAAUGCUGGUGCUUGUGCAUGCAUCCCCGAUUACUACGGCAAUCCAUAUGAAGGUUGUCGACCUGAAUGCAUACUUAGUUCAGACUGUCCAACAAAUCGUGCGUGCUUGCGUAAUAAAUGUGAAGAUCCAUGCCCUGGAAUUUGUGGUCAUAAUGCCCAAUGUUCAGUUGUAAACCAUGUACCAACAUGCAGUUGUAUUGAAGGACACGUCGGCGAUCCUUUCACGGAAUGCAGAUACGAACCUCCCGCACCUGUAACCCCUUAUACCGUGCCAGAUCCUUGUAGACCAUCGCCAUGUGGUCCUAACAGCAACUGUCGUACAAAUGACAAUCAAGCUGUUUGUUCUUGUCAAGCAGGUUUUAUGGGAACUCCACCAAACUGUAAACCAGAAUGUGUUGUAAAUGCUGAGUGCCCCCAAAACAGGGCUUGUCACAAAUUCAAAUGUAGUAAUCCAUGUUCUGGCACUUGUGGUCUUGGUGCAAGAUGCGAAGUGAUAAAUCAUAAUCCUGUAUGCAGUUGUCCCAGUGGAAUGACCGGGGACCCCUUCACCCGAUGCUACGAGCAACCAUUACGCAUACCGGACUCUGAAGUAACUCCUCGCGAUCCAUGCCAACCUUCACCUUGUGGUCCUAAUUCCGAAUGUCGAUCAUUAAAUGGCCGGCCUUCUUGCACAUGUCGUCAAAGCUACAUAGGUUCGCCUCCAAAUUGUAGACCAGAAUGUGUCGUGAAUACUGACUGCCCAUCAAAUUCUGCUUGUAUUAGCGAGAAAUGUCGCGACCCAUGUCCAGGCUCUUGCGGCUUCAAUGCUGAGUGCAGAGUUCAGAACCAUUUACCAAUUUGUAGUUGUCAACAAGGAUAUACUGGAGAUCCCUUCACGCAAUAAAAAGUUGAGCCAGUACCGAGAGAUCCUUGUCAUCCAUCACCUUGCGGUGCCAACGCUGUAUGUUCCGGCGACGGUCAUUGUACUUGUAUUGCUCAAUAUCACGGCGAUCCAUAUAGCGGCUGCCGGCCAGAAUGUACUAUGAAUACGGACUGCUCUCCGAAUCGCGCUUGCACUAAUCUACGUUGUGUAGACCCAUGCCCUGGCACAUGUGGACAAGGCGCCUUGUGUAAUGUGAUCAACCAUAUACCAACCUGUAGUUGUCCUGAUGGAAUGUCGGGUGAUCCAUUUGUUGUUUGCAGACCGGUUCAAAUCAUAGAAACCCACAAAGAUCCAUGUAACCCUUCACCAUGUGGUCCUAACAGCCAAUGUCGCGUGAAUGGCAACGUUGCAUCAUGUUCUUGUUUACCCGGAAAAAUUGGUUCACCUCCACACUGCCGACCUGAGUGCACAAUUAGUGCUGAAUGCCCGUUACAACAAGCUUGUAUUUCUGAUAAGUGCCGUGAUCCAUGUCCUGGUACUUGCGGACAAAACGCUCGUUGCCAAGUGAUCAAUCACAAUCCUAUUUGUAGCUGCACUAACGGUUUUACAGGCGAUCCCUUCACAAGAUGUUUUGCAAUAGUUAUUGAAAAAACAGAUCCACACAUUCCGAAAAAUCCUUGUUUGCCAUCGCCGUGCGGUCCAAAUGCCGAGUGCACAGUGCGUGGUGAAGGGCCAGCAUGUUCCUGUCUUCAAGGAUACAUUGGAUUGCCUCCAGCUUGUAGACCUGAAUGCACAAUUAACACCGAAUGUCCAAGUGAACUCGCAUGUAUAAAUCAGAAAUGCAAAAAUCCUUGUCCUGGUUCUUGCGGUCUGGGGGCGCGUUGUUUAGUAGUUAAUCAUCGUGCCCAGUGUAAAUGUGAUCCUGGAUAUACAGGAGAUCCAUUUAGUGGCUGUCAACCCGUACAGGAUUACCCUCAAGAAAUAAUAAAGCCUUGCACACCAUCCCCUUGUGGCGCGAAUGCGAUAUGCAGAGAACAGAAUGGUGCAGGAUCUUGCACUUGUCUUCCAGAUUACAUCGGAAACCCUUAUGAAGGUUGUAGACCCGAAUGCGUUCUUAAUUCAGACUGCCCAUCAAAUCGUGCUUGCAUAAGAAACAAAUGUAUGGAUCCUUGCCCGGGAACAUGUGGACAGAACUCAAAUUGCCAAAUUGUAAACCAUUUGCCCUCUUGUACAUGCAAUCCUGGAUAUACGGGAGAUCCUUUCAGAUUCUGCCAUAUACUUCCACAAAAACCCGAUAUCCAAGUGCCGACAAAUCCAUGCUCACCUUCACCGUGCGGUCCUAAUAGCAUAUGUCGUAAAGUAAAUGAGCAAGCUGUAUGCUCAUGUCUUCCAACGUAUGUUGGUUCUCCUCCUGGAUGCCGACCUGAGUGUGUUAUUAAUUCUGAAUGCAACGUUCUACAAGCCUGCGUUAAUCAGAAAUGUAUAGAUCCCUGUCCUGGACCUUGUGGCCUACAAAGCAUUUGUCGAGUUGUAAAUCACAGUCCAAUAUGUUCUUGUUUACCUGGACAUACUGGCGACUCUUUCUCACAUUGUUACCCAAUUCCACCCCCGCCAAAUCCGCAAAUUGUAAAUGAGUAUAGAGAUCCUUGUCAUCCAAAUCCUUGCGGUCCCUAUUCGGAAUGUCGUGAUAUAGGUGGUUCCCCAUCGUGUUCUUGUAGAACAAAUUACUUUGGUUCCCCACCCAAUUGUAAACCCGAAUGUGUCGUUAAUUCAGAUUGCAGUAGUAACAAUGCAUGCAUUAGAGAGAAGUGUGCGGAUCCUUGUCUUGGUUCAUGCGGAUUUAAUGCAUUAUGUCAAGUGAUAAAUCAUAUGCCAAUUUGUUUAUGUCCUGACUCAUAUACAGGCGAUCCAUUUAACAGCUGUUAUCCAGACACAACUAUAAAAGACAUAUUACAAAUAACAGACCCAUGUAAUCCAUCACCCUGUGGUCCAAACGCUGAUUGUUAUGAAGGAUCAUGUAAAUGUAAACCUGAAUAUCACGGAGAUCCAUACUCAGGUUGUAGGCCUGAAUGUGUGUUAAAUUCUGAUUGUUCUAGAGAUAGAGCAUGCGUCGGAAAUAAAUGCAUAGAUCCAUGCCCUGGUACAUGCGGUAUAUUAGCCGUAUGUGAUGUUAUCGGUCAUGUUCCAAUGUGUAGUUGUCCUCGAGGAAUGAUUGGAAAUGCUUUCAUAAGAUGUCAAAAUCAACCACCUCCGGCAGUGUCACAUCCGUGCAACCCUUCCCCUUGUGGUCCUAAUAGCCAAUGUAAAGAAAUUAAUGAUCAAGCGGUCUGUUCAUGUAUAACAGGAUAUAUGGGGCAGCCUCCCACUUGUAGGCCAGAAUGCACAGUAAAUUCUGAUUGUGCAAGAAAUGAAGCCUGUAAUAAUCAAAAAUGUAGAGAUCCUUGCCCUGGAAGUUGCGGUAUAAAUGCUCAUUGCGAAGUUAUUAAUCACAGUCCAAUAUGUUCAUGCCCUCGUCAAUAUAUCGGUGACCCAUUUGUGAGAUGUUAUCUUGCGCCCAAAGAUCCGAUUCAAGAACAACUUCAAAAUCCUUGUCAACCAUCACCAUGCGGUCCCAAUUCUCAAUGCAAAGCGAUUGGAAAUUCUCCAUCUUGCUCAUGCUUAUCAGAUUUUAUUGGCCAACCGCCAUACUGCAAACCCGAAUGCAUUAGUAAUAGUGAAUGCAAUAGCCACCUUGCAUGUAUACAAAUGAAAUGCAAAGAUCCUUGUAUUGGAACCUGCGGCGAAAACGCUGAAUGUCGGGUAGUUAGUCACACUCCAGUAUGUAUAUGUUUUAUGGGAUAUAUUGGCGAUCCUUUUACAAGUUGCCAUAUUGAACCAAUGAAGCAAAUAAUUGAACAAUAUAGCCCCUGCACACCAUCACCAUGUGGUCCUAACGCAGUGUGUAAAGAACUUAAUAAUGCAGGAUCGUGUGUUUGCAAGGAAGAUUAUAUUGGAAACCCAUAUGAAGGUUGUAGACCUGAAUGUGUUCUAAAUUCGGAUUGCCCAUCAAAUAAAGCAUGCUUGAGAAAUAAAUGUGAAGAUCCAUGUCCUGGAACAUGUGGUCAAAACUCGGAUUGUCAAGUUAUAAGUCAUCUUCCAUCUUGCACAUGUAGACAAGGCUAUACUGGUGAUCCAUUUAGAUACUGUAAUAUUAUUCCCUACGAUAAAACUAGCGAAAAACAGAAAACAAAUCCUUGCUAUCCCUCACCAUGUGGGCCUAACAGUCAAUGUCGCGAAAUAAAUGAUCAAGCAGUAUGCUCUUGUCUCCCAAAUUAUGUUGGCAGUCCCCCAGGAUGUCGUCCAGAAUGUGUUGUUAGUUCAGAAUGUGCACAUGACAAAGCAUGCAUUAAUCAAAAGUGCGUUAAUCCUUGCCCUGAACCUUGUGCAGAAAACGCCCUUUGUCGUGUCAUUAAUCACAGCCCUGUAUGUUCUUGUCGGACAGAGCAAACUGGUGAUCCUUUCUCACGUUGUUAUACUAUUCCAAAGCCAUUGUUGAUAGAACAUACUCCAGUUUAUCGCGAUCCAUGUUAUCCAUCGCCUUGUGGCUUAUACUCUGAAUGCCGCAAUAUAAAUGGUGCGCCUUCGUGCAGUUGUUUACAAAAUUAUUAUGGUUCCCCACCUAACUGUAGACCAGAAUGUACUAUAAACUCCGAGUGUUCGAGCAAUCAGGCGUGCUUUAGAGAGAAAUGUAUCGAUCCUUGUCCAGGCUCCUGUGGUUAUAAUACUAGGUGUGAAGUUAUAAAUCAUACACCUAUAUGUUCCUGUCUUGCUAAUUAUAUUGGAGAUCCAUUUACUAACUGUCAACUGAAGCCACAAGAGCACAUAAAAGUUAAUGAAAAUCCAUGCCAUCCAUCACCUUGUGGUUCAAAUGCGGAUUGUGAUAAUGGAAUAUGUAGUUGUCGCCCUAAAUAUUUUGGCGAUCCGUAUUCUGGAUGUAGACCUGAAUGUGUAUUAAAUUCCGAUUGCUCAAAAGAUAAAGCUUGUAUUGGAAAUAUUUGUAUAAAUCCAUGCACAGGCACUUGUGGCGCUCAAGCUAUUUGCAGCGUUGUGAAUCAUAUACCUAUGUGUAGUUGUCCAACAGGAUUUACGGGAAAUUCAUUUAUAGAAUGUCAUACAAUUCCAAAACCUGUCAAAGUUCAUCUCUGUAAUCCUUCGCCAUGUGGCCCUAAUAGUCGAUGUCGCGAAAUUAAUGGCCAAGCAGUAUGUUCUUGUAUUCUUGGAUUUACAGGGCAGCCUCCUUUAUGUCGACCCGAAUGCAUUAUAAAUUCAGACUGCGCAAGACGUGAAGCUUGCAUUAAUCAAAAAUGUAUAGAUCCGUGUUUAGGAAGUUGUGGUAUUAAUGCAGAGUGUAAGGUUAUCAACCAUAACCCAAUUUGUUCUUGCCCGAUACAUUAUACUGGAAAUCCGUUUAUUAGAUGUCAACAAAUUCCAGAAAUACUUUUAGAGCAAAAUGUUCAAGAAAACCCUUGUCGACCAUCACCAUGUGGCCCUUACUCUCAAUGCAAAGUGAGUGGCAAUAAUCCAUCUUGUUCAUGUCUAGAAGGUUACGUUGGCCAGCCUCCAUACUGUAAGCCUGAAUGUGUUAGUAAUACCGAAUGUAGUAAUAGCCUAGCAUGUAUUGAUCAAAAAUGCACAAACCCUUGCCUUGGAUUAUGUGGUGCAAACGCGAAUUGCCAUGUUGUCAGUCACACACCCAUUUGUUCUUGCAAUUCUGGUUUUUCUGGAGAUCCAUUCAUUCAAUGUCUAUUAGUAAGGAAUACUCCAUUAGAGGUAAAAAAUCCAUGUAAUCCAUCUCCUUGUGGAUUUAAUGCCAUAUGCAGAGAACGAGGUGGAGCGGGAUCGUGCUCAUGUUUGCCUGAAUAUAUUGGUAAUCCUUAUGAAGGAUGUAGACCAGAGUGUGUAUUAAAUUCCGACUGUGCCUCAAAUCGUGCAUGCAUAAGAAAUAAAUGUCAAGAUCCAUGUCCAGGUGCUUGCGGACAAAAUGCUGAUUGUCACGUUGUAAAUCAUUUGCCAUCAUGUACAUGCCACUUUGGAUAUACAGGCGAUCCCUUUAGAUUUUGCAAGGAAAUUAUAAUUGUUGAAGAACCUAAGAAACCGAAAAAUCCUUGCCAUCCUUCACCGUGUGGACCUAAUAGCCAAUGUAGAACUGUAAAUGAACAAGCCGUGUGCUCAUGUUUACCUGAAUACAUAGGUACGCCACCAGGAUGCCGUCCAGAAUGUGUAGUUAGUUCUGAAUGCAGCCUCCAAAAGGCAUGCAUUAAUCAGAAGUGUAAAAACCCUUGUCCAGGUCCUUGCGCGCAAAAUGCCAAGUGUAGCGUUAUAAAUCAUAGUCCAAUAUGUUCUUGUGGUGAACAUCAAACGGGCGAUCCAUUCUCAAAUUGUAUCUCAAUACCUCCUUCUUUGCCAGUACCAGUUAAAGAUGUUUAUAAGAACCCGUGCUACCCCACGCCCUGCGGACCUAAUUCACAAUGCAGAGACAUAGGCGGUCAAGCUGUUUGCUCUUGCUUAUUAAACUAUCAUGGUUCUCCACCUAGUUGUCGGCCAGAGUGUACGAUCAAUUCUGAAUGCCCAAGUAAUCGAGCUUGCAUUAGAGAAAAAUGUCAAGAUCCUUGUCCUGGUUCCUGUGGUUUUAAUGCAAAAUGUGAUGUCAUUCUUCAUUCUCCUACGUGUACGUGUUUUAUAGGUUACACUGGGGAUCCAUUCGUCAAUUGUCAUUUAACACCAAUCGAGAAAGAUGUACCUCAAAUAGUAGACCCAUGUAACCCAUCGCCAUGUGGGCCAAACGCAAAAUGCGAUAAUGGCAUAUGCUCUUGUUUAAAUGAGUAUCAUGGCGAUCCCUACUCAGGUUGUCGUCCAGAAUGUAUUCUAAAUACAGACUGCAAUAAAAAUAAAGCAUGUAUUAGAAAUAAGUGCGUUGAUCCAUGCAUUGGCACGUGUGGAAUACAAGCAUUGUGUAGCGUUAUAAACCAUGUUCCAAUGUGCAGCUGUCCACAAGGAACUAGUGGUAAUGCUUUUAUUGAGUGUAAAGCUAUGAUAGUUACUGUAAAUAUAAAUCCAUGCAAUCCAAAUCCAUGCGGGCCUGAUAGCCAAUGCAGACAAAUUAAUGGUCAAGCAGUUUGUUCUUGCUUACCAAGCUUUAUUGGAAGUCCCCCAAAUUGUAGGCCAGAAUGUAUUAUUAAUUCAGAUUGUCCUCGACACGAAAGUUGCAAUAAUCAAAAAUGCAAAAAUCCAUGUCCCGGUACAUGUGGCAUCGCUGCGCGCUGUGAUGUUGUAAAUCAUAAUCCUAUUUGUAGUUGUCCAAAUCAUUAUACGGGCAAUCCGUUUGUAAGAUGCCACGCUAUGCCUGAAACACCAAUUGUACAGAACGCUCCAAAAGAUGUGUGCUACCCUUCGCCAUGUGGUCCUAAUUCAUUAUGUCGUGUUAUAAAUGAUUCACCAUCGUGUUCUUGUUUGCCAGAAUUUAUUGGAUCACCACCUUACUGUAAACCUGAAUGUGCUAGUAAUAGCGAGUGUAGUAGUCAUUUAGCCUGCAUAAACAUGAAAUGCCAGAAUCCCUGUGUCAAUGCUUGUGGAUAUAAUGCCGAAUGUCACGUUGUUAGUCACGCUCCUAUUUGUACGUGUAUUACGGGAUACGUAGGAGAUCCAUUCACGUCAUGCAGUAUUGAACCUUUAAAAGAUAUUACUGUUGAAUCAAUCAAUCCUUGCUUGCCAUCACCUUGCGGAUUUAAUGCAGAAUGCAAAGUUCAUAAUAAUGCAGGCUCAUGUACAUGCUUACCAGAAUAUAUUGGAAAUCCUUACCAAGGUUGUAGACCGCAAUGUGUAGUCAAUUCAGAUUGUCCUUCUAAUUACGCCUGCAUAAGCAACAAAUGUAAAAACCCUUGUCCGGGGACAUGCGCUAGAAACGCAGAAUGUCAAGUUGUCAAUCAUUUGCCAACUUGCACGUGUCACCAAGGGUUUACCGGUGACCCUUUUAAAUACUGCCACAUUAUACGGCAUGAGCCUCCUACACCUAUAAACGAAAAUGUUUGCAGUCCUUCCCCAUGUGGACCAAAUAGCCAGUGUAUUGAAAGAAAUGGUCAAGCUGUUUGUUCUUGCUUACCGCAAUAUGUAGGAACUCCUCCAGGUUGCCGUCCUGAAUGUGUUGUAAGCUCUGAAUGCGCUAGCAAUAAAAUAUGCAGUAAACAAAAAUGUGUUGACCCUUGUCCUAAUCCGUGUGGUUUAAAUACAAAAUGUCGCGUCUUAAACCACAGCCCAAUAUGUACUUGCAACUACGGUCAUACUGGCGAUCCAUUUUCGCGGUGUUAUCCAAUACCACCUCCGACUUUGAAUACCGAAGUAACUAAACAAAAUCCAUGCUAUCCAUCACCAUGUGGGCCAUAUUCUCAAUGUCGAGAAGUUAAUUAUUCUCCUUCAUGCUCAUGCCUACCGAAUUAUAUAGGGCAACCGCCGAAUUGUCGCCCAGAAUGCGUUGUAAAUUCAGAGUGUUCUGGUAAUAAAGCAUGUAUUAAGGAAAAAUGUAGAGAUCCUUGUCCAGGAUCGUGCGGCUUCAAUGCUGUCUGUGAAGUCAUUGCGCACAAUCCUACUUGCACUUGCAUUGAUGGAUAUAUAGGAGAUCCAUUCACACAAUGCAACAUUAAACCACAAAAACAAGAUGUUCCAGAACUACUAGAUCCAUGUAAUCCUUCACCGUGCGGUUCAAAUGCGGAAUGCAAAAAUGGAAAAUGUACUUGUCUUCUAGAGUAUCAAGGAGACCCAUACUCAGGGUGUAGGCCUGAAUGUGUAUUAAGUAUAGAUUGCCCAAGAGAUAAGGCGUGUAUUGUGAAUAAAUGCGUAGAUCCAUGCCCUGGUACUUGUGGAUCUUUGGCUAUUUGCAAUGUUGUAAAUCAUGUUCCGAUGUGCAGUUGUCCAGAAAGCAUGACUGGAAAUGCUUUUGUACUGUGUUCUCCCAUACCAUAUCAACCCGAAAGAAAUCCUUGUCAUCCUUCACCUUGUGGGCCAAAUAGUCAAUGUCAAGAAAUAAAUGGUCAAGCUGUUUGUUCCUGUAUUGUAGGAUAUGCAGGCGUUCCUCCAACUUGUAGACCCGAAUGCAUAACAAAUUCAGAAUGUUCGCAAAAUCAAGCUUGUAGUAAUCAAAAAUGUAUCAAUCCUUGUAUAGGAGCAUGUGGAAUUGGGGCUCACUGCGUUGUUAUCGGUCACAAACCAAUAUGCACUUGCGCAAUUUAUAAUACAGGAAAUCCAUUUGCUAGAUGUUAUCCCAUACCAAAAGAUCCAAUAGUACCCACAGCAGUUUCUGAUCCGUGUUUGCCUUCCCCGUGUGGACCUAACUCGCAAUGCAGAGUUGUAUCUGGUACUCCUUCAUGCUCAUGUUUACAAGAGUUUAUUGGUCAACCACCAUAUUGCAAACCAGAGUGCAUUAGUAACAGCGAGUGCAGUAGUAAUUUAGCUUGUAUAAAACAAAAAUGUAUGGAUCCUUGUCCAAAUUCUUGUGGCACAAAUGCUGAAUGUCGGGUAGUAAGUCAUACGCCAGUUUGCGUUUGUAGCUACGGUUAUGUUGGCGAUCCAUUUAUAGACUGCAAAAGACAAAUUGACGUAAUUAAAUAUGAUCCCAUUACACCGUGUACGCCGUCACCUUGUGGACCAAAUGCUAUUUGUAAAGAACAAAAUGGAGCUGGAACUUGCAUAUGCCUUCCAGAAUACAUUGGCAAUCCUUAUGAAGGUUGUAGACCUGAAUGUGUAUUAAACUCGGAUUGCUUAUCAAAUUUUGCUUGUAUAAAAAAUAAGUGUCGAAAUCCAUGCCCUGGAACUUGUGGGCAAAAUGCGGAAUGUCAUGUAGUUAAUCAUUUACCCUCAUGUACAUGCUAUCCUGGUUUUACCGGAGAUCCUUUUAGAUACUGCAACCUACUAGUACAUGAACCAACUCACGUAGAAACGAAAAAACCGUGUACGCCUUCACCCUGUGGCCCAAAUAGCCAAUGUCGAGAAAUCAACGAUCAAGCUGUAUGUUCUUGCUUAUCUAAUUACAUCGGAAAUCCGCCCAAUUGCCGCCCAGAGUGUGUCAUAAGCUCUGAAUGUAGUAUGAAUAAGGCUUGCAUGAAUAAUAAAUGUAUUGAUCCGUGUCCAGGACCAUGUGCUCCAACUGCUUUUUGUAGGACCAUCAAUCAUAGUCCUAUUUGUUCCUGUAAACAAGGUCAAACCGGAAAUCCUUUUUCGCAGUGUUAUAAUAUUCCGUUGCCAAUAAAAGAACCAGCAAAAGACAUAUACCGUAGUCCGUGUGCCCCAUCUCCCUGUGGUGCUAACUCACAGUGUCGUGAUAUCAAUGGGUCAGCAUCAUGUUCUUGUUUACCAAAGUAUUUAGGCGCGCCUCCAAAUUGCCAUCCAGAAUGCACAAUACAUUCAGAAUGUGCAAGUGAUAGGGCUUGCAUUAAUGAAAUGUGCAGGGAUCCCUGCUCUGGAUCAUGUGGUUUCAAUUCUAAAUGCAAAGUGAUUAAUCACAUUCCGAUAUGUUUAUGUCACGAAGGUUUCACUGGUGAUCCAUUCAAUAGCUGUUAUCCAAAGCCUGCUGAAUGUAAGAAUUUUAUAAAUGAUGUACCAGAGUUGUUAGAUCCGUGUAAUCCUUCACCUUGUGGUCCAAACGCAAAAUGUUUAGAUGGUGUAUGCACAUGUCUGUCUGAUUAUCAAGGCGAUCCAUAUCACGGCUGUAGGCCAGAAUGUGUAUUAAAUUCUGAUUGUCCGAGAUCGGAAGCAUGUAUACGUAGUAAAUGUAUAAAUCCUUGUCCUGGAACAUGUGCCAAUGAAGCAAUUUGUUCUGUUGUCAAUCAUAUUCCUAUGUGUAGUUGUCCACCUGGAACCACAGGGAAUGCGUUCAUAAAAUGUCAACCUAAUCCACCCCCGGAAAUUUCAAAUCCUUGCAACCCUUCUCCUUGUGGACCGAAUAGUCAAUGUAGGGAAAUUAAUCAACAAUCUGUAUGCUCGUGCAUUCCUGGAUAUAUUGGACAACCACCUACAUGCAGACCGGAGUGUAUAAUUAGUUCUGAUUGCAUUAGUACUGAAGCAUGUACAAACCAGAAAUGUAGAAACCCAUGUAUAGGAACAUGCGGUGUAGCAGCGCAUUGUCAAGUUCUGAAUCAUAAUCCUAUAUGCAGUUGUCCUGAAUACUAUACAGGGAACCCUUUCAUAAGAUGCUAUCCUAAACUCGAGCUUCCAACGGAUGAACAAGCGCAUAUUAAUCCUUGCGAGCCAUCACCUUGCGGUCCCAAUUCACAAUGCAGAGAAAUAGGAAAUAACCCGUCUUGUACUUGUUUACCAGACUUUAUAGGACAUCCACCUUAUUGUAAACCAGAAUGCAUUAACAACAAUGAGUGCAGUAAUCGAUUGGCAUGUAUUGGCUUCAAAUGCAGGGAUCCUUGUCCUGGAUCAUGCGGAUUGAAUGCCGAAUGCCAUGUUGUAAGUCAUGCACCUGUUUGUAUAUGUAACCAUGGAUAUACAGGUGACCCAUUUAUUCGUUGCGUUGUUAAACCAAUUGAAAAUUAUCCUUUGGAUCAUAUAAAUCCGUGUAUGCCAUCGCCAUGCGGUUCCAACGCCAUAUGUAAAGAACGAGAUGGCGCUGGUUCUUGCACAUGUUUAUCGGAUUAUAUUGGAAACCCCUAUGAAGGAUGCAGACCAGAAUGUGUUUUAAACUCAGAUUGCGCUUCAAACUUAGCUUGCAUAAGGAAUAAAUGUCAAGAUCCCUGCCCCGGAACUUGUGGGCAAAACGCUGACUGCCAAGUUGUAAAUCAUUUACCGUUAUGCACUUGCUAUUUAGGUUAUUCGGGUGAUCCAUUCAAAUAUUGUCAAAUAGAAGCCAAGAAACCAAUUAUUACUGAAAAACUUAAUCCAUGUCAACCAUCACCUUGCGGACCCAACAGCCAAUGCAAGGAAGUUAAUGAACAAGCAGUGUGUUCUUGUCUACCUACAUAUUUCGGUAGCCCUCCAAAUUGUAGACCAGAAUGUGUAGUUAGUUCUGAGUGUAACUUUGAUCAAGUGUGUAGUAACCAUAAAUGUAUAGAUCCUUGUCCUGGACCUUGUGGUUUGAACAGUAAAUGUCAGGUGAUUAACCACAGUCCAAUAUGUACCUGCUCUCCUGGACAAACAGGAGAUCCCUUUAUUCGAUGCUAUCCCUUGCCACCUCCAGCUGUUACACCAAUAAGAGAAGAAUAUCGGAAUCCUUGUAUUCCGUCACCUUGUGGUCUAAACUCUGAGUGCCGUGAUAUAGGAGGUUCGCCUUCAUGCUCUUGUCUUACAAAUUAUAUGGGAUCGCCUCCUAACUGUCAACCAGAAUGCACAAUAAAUUCAGAGUGCCAGAGCCAUAAAGCUUGUAUCAAUGAAAAAUGCAAAGAUCCUUGUCCCGGAUCUUGCGGAUACAAAGCACAAUGUACUGUUAUUGACCACACACCUAUAUGCUCUUGUUAUGAAGGGUUUACAGGAAAUCCUUUUAUUCAGUGUACACCGAUGCCUCCUAAAAGCCAUGAACCUGAAGAUCUUUGCAAUCCAUCACCUUGCGGGCCUAAUGCGCAAUGCAAAAAUGGCGAAUGUAUUUGUCUUCAAGAAUAUCAUGGAAAUCCGUAUAUAGGUUGCAGGCCAGAAUGUAUUCUUAAUUCAGAUUGCUCAAAGGAUAAAGCAUGUCUGCACAAUAAAUGUGUAAAUCCCUGCCCUGGCGUUUGCGGAUUACAGGCAAUUUGCAACGUUAUAAACCAUUUACCAAUGUGUAGUUGUCCUAUUGGAAUGAGUGGCAAUGCGUUUGUAGAAUGCAGAAUUGUCAGCGUUGAUCGACCUAAGCAUCCUUGCAAUCCCUCACCAUGUGGUCCAAACAGCCAAUGUCGUGAAAUUAAUGGUCAAGCUGUAUGUUCAUGUGCCCCGAACUAUAUUUCUAGCCCACCAAAUUGUCGUCCUGAAUGUAUUACCAAUUCAGAUUGUCCUCUGAAUGAAGCUUGCAACAAUCAGAAAUGUAAAAAUCCUUGUCCUGGUGCCUGUGGCAUCGGUGCAAUUUGUGAAGUAGUAAAUCACAGUCCGAUUUGUAGUUGUCUCCCUCAUUAUUCAGGAAAUCCGUUUAUAAGAUGUAAUAUUCUACAAGAUGAACCAAUACAAUCUACUGCCAAUCCAUGUUUACCAAAUCCAUGUGGUCCUAAUUCACAAUGUCGAACAAUAAAUAAUCAGCCCUCAUGCUCGUGCUUGCCGGGCUUUAUAGGAAAUCCACCAUAUUGCAAACCAGAAUGUAUUAGCAAUGUUGAAUGCUCUAGUACAUUAGCGUGCAUUAAUUAUAAAUGCAAAGACCCCUGUCCCGGAUCUUGUGGGGCAAAUACACAUUGCCGGGUCGUAAGUCAUGCUCCAGUAUGUGUAUGCAUGAACGGCUAUGUAGGGGACCCAUUUACACAGUGCUAUCUUAAAGAAGAAGAUCCGAUUCCGCAAGAAAUACUCACUCCAUGUAUACCUUCGCCUUGCGGUUCAAAUGCCAUUUGCAAAGAACAAAAUGGUGCUGGAUCAUGCCAUUGUAUCAAUGAAUAUAUAGGAAAUCCAUACGAGGGUUGCCGACCAGAAUGUACCUUAAAUUCUGAUUGUUCAUCUAAUUUAGCGUGUAUAAGAAAUAAAUGUCAAGAUCCAUGUCCUGGAACUUGCGGUCGAAAUGCUGAAUGUCAAGUCGUUAAUCAUUUACCUCUAUGCACAUGUUAUUUAGGCUAUACUGGAGAUCCUUUCCAAUUCUGUAAUAUAUAUUACGAAGAACCACAAAAGCCCGAAAUAAACGAUCCUUGUUAUCCAUCUCCAUGUGGGCCUAAUAGUCAAUGCAAACGCAUUAGUGAUCAGGCUGUUUGUUCAUGCCUCCCAACUUAUGUAGGCAGCCCACCAGGAUGUCGCCCCGAAUGUGUUAUAAGCACUGAAUGUGAUUCUACAAAGGCAUGCUUGAAUAAAAAAUGUGUUAAUCCAUGCCCAGGAUCAUGCGGUCAAAACUCGCAAUGCCGAGUAGUAAAUCAUAGCCCUGUUUGUUCGUGCAAACCUGGUGAUACAGGAGAUCCUUUUUCACGUUGCUCACAAAUCCCACGACCACCGGUUAUACCUGAGAGAGACACCUACAGAAACCCUUGCUUCCCCUCACCAUGUGGACCAAAUUCUAAAUGCGUUGAUAUUGGUGGAACACCUUCAUGUUCUUGUUUGCCCACUUAUUUCGGUGUACCUCCGAAUUGCCAUCCAGAAUGUACCAUCAAUUCGGAAUGCAUAAGUAAUAAAGCGUGUAUAAAAGAAAAAUGCAUUGACCCCUGUCCAGGUUCAUGUGGCAUAAAUACUAACUGCCAGGUAAUCAACCAUACUCCAGUUUGUACUUGCUUAGAAGGAUACUCUGGAGACCCAUUUACCAACUGCCAGCAUGUACCACCUAAAAAUGACAUUCCACUGAAAACAGAUUUGUGCCACCCGUCACCCUGCGGGCCAAAUGCGAAAUGUCAAGAUGGAACUUGCACAUGUUUAGUUGAGUAUCAUGGAGAUCCAUAUUCGGGUUGUAGGCCAGAAUGUGUUUUGAAUUCGGAUUGUACUUAUGAUAAAGCUUGUAUACGUAAUAAGUGUAUAGAUCCAUGCCCUGGAUCGUGUGGUGCGCAAGCCAUAUGUGAUGUAAUUAAUCAUUUGCCUAUGUGUAGUUGUCCUUCAGAUAUGACUGGAAAUGCAUUUAUACAAUGUCAUCGAGUGGAGAAACCUGUACUUUCAAAUCCUUGUCACCCUUCUCCUUGUGGCCCCAAUAGCCGAUGCCGCGAAAUAAAUCAACAAGCUAUAUGUUCUUGUAUCAUUGGAUAUGUUGGACAACCACCAUCAUGUAGACCUGAAUGUAUUAUCGAUUCUGAUUGUGCUCGGAAUGAAGCGUGUAGUAAUCAAAAAUGCGGCAAUCCUUGUUUGGGUGCUUGUGGAAUUGGAGCUAUAUGUAACGUAUUUAAUCAUAGACCUAUAUGUAGUUGCCCGCAAGGACAUACAGGCGAUGCGUUCCUAAGAUGUUAUAUUUUAUCUCACGUGCCUGAAAUGAAAGUACCUGUGAAUCCAUGUGUACCCAAUCCAUGUGGUCCAAAUUCACAGUGUCAAGCUAUCGGUGAUUCUCCAUCAUGCACAUGCUUACCAGAAUUUAUUGGUCAGCCACCAAACUGUAGACCAGAAUGUAUCAGUAAUAGUGAAUGUUCUAAUUCCUUGGCAUGCAUCAAAGAAAAAUGUAAAGAUCCGUGCCCUGGAUCAUGCGGCAUUAAUGCUGAAUGUCAUGUUGUUAGUCACACUUCAAUUUGUAAUUGUCUUUCUGGUUAUAUUGGGAAUCCGUUUAUACAAUGUGUCAGAGAACCCCCCCCUAUCGUCUAUGAUAGGCCUAAUCCGUGCGUCCCAUCACCUUGUGGUUCUAAUGCAAUUUGUAAAGAGCAAAAUGGUGCAGGAUCAUGUACAUGCAUUGAAAACUACUUUGGCAAUCCAUAUGAAGGAUGUCGACCUGAAUGCGUUUUAAAUUCAGACUGUCCUUCAAACCGUGCUUGUGUCAAUUAUAAAUGCAGAGAUCCCUGUCCUGGUACUUGCGGUCAAAACGCAGUAUGUCAAGUUGUUAACCAUCUUCCCUCUUGCACGUGUCGGCAAGGAUAUAACGGCGAUCCUUUUGUACAUUGUAGUUUUAUCGUACUAGAACCAAUAGCGUACGAGCCGACAAACCCAUGCCAACCUAAUCCUUGUGGGGCUAAUAGCCAAUGCAGGGAGGUAAAUGGUCAAUCUGUCUGUUCAUGUUUGCCUUCGUAUGAAGGCCGACCGCCGAAUUGCCGUCCACAAUGCAUUACUAACUCGGAAUGUAGUUUAGAUAAAUCUUGUAUGAAUAGAAAGUGUACCGACCCAUGCCAGGGGUCGUGUGGCAUUAAUGCUCAAUGCCAAGUUAUAAAUCAUAGCCCAAUAUGUUCUUGCAAUGAAAAAUAUACAGGAAAUCCAUUAUCAAAAUGCUAUCUUAUACCACCGCCACCUAUAACUCCAGCUAUAUAUAGAAAUCCAUGUGUACCUUCACCUUGUGGGCAAAAUGCUUAUUGUAAAGAUAUAGGGGGCUCACCAUCAUGCAGUUGCCGAGCGACUUACAUUGGUAUUCCGCCAAAUUGUAGACCUGAAUGUGUUAUGAAUUCUGAAUGUUUGGGUAAUCAAGCUUGUAUUGGUGAAAAAUGCAGGGAUCCUUGUCCAGGAUCUUGCGGCGUAAAUGCACUCUGCAAUGUAAUAAAUCACACGCCCAUUUGUACGUGUAUUAAUGGCUUUACUGGGGAUCCAUUUGUAAAUUGUCAACCAAAGCCAGUCGACGAGCCAAUUGCUGAUCCGUGUUAUCCAAAUCCAUGUGGAUCCAAUGCACAAUGUCAUGAAGGAACAUGCGUUUGUUUGGCAGAAUACCAUGGAGAUCCAUAUUCUGGAUGCAGGCCUGAAUGUGUACUUAAUUCUGACUGCAAUAGAGAUCGAACAUGUUUACAAAAUAAAUGCAUAGAUCCCUGUCCUGGGACAUGCGGAGAAAAUGCGCUUUGUUCAGUUUUAAAUCAUAUUCCAAUAUGUAGUUGUUUCCCUGGGACAACAGGAAAUGCACACGUUCUUUGUACAACUAUUAAAGCUCAAUUGCCACGUGAUCCAUGUUCACCAUCUCCGUGUGGUCCUAACAGUCAAUGUCGUGACUUCAAUAAUCAAGCAGUUUGUUCCUGCCUUCCUGAAUAUAUAGGAAGUCCACCGACUUGUAGGCCAGAGUGCAUAAUUAGUUCUGAUUGCGCACAAUCUGAAGCAUGCAAUAAUCAAAAGUGUAGAAAUCCUUGUCCGGGAACAUGUGGUUUGAAUUCGAAAUGUUCUGUUGUUAAUCAUAAUCCAAUUUGCAGUUGCAUUCAAGGCUAUACUGGCGAUCCUUUCGUUGCUUGCUAUCCAUAAAAUAUUAUAGAUGAACCCGUAGCCCUUGAACCGACAUUGGAUCCUUGUGCAUCUUCACCUUGCGGACCACAUUCUAAAUGUAAAACUACUGGAACUUCUUAUCAAUGUUUCUGUUUAGAAGGAUAUGUGGGACAAGCUCCAUUCUGUAAACCAGAAUGCGUAAGCAAUACUGAAUGUUUUAAUAACCUAGCAUGCAUAAAUCAAAAAUGUCAAGAUCCUUGCCCCGGAGCUUGUGGAUCCAACGCUAAAUGCCGAGUUAUUUCUCACUCUCCAGUUUGUGUUUGCUCUGCUGGAUAUACCGGAGAUCCAUUCGUACAAUGUUCGAAGCAAAUGGAUAUCAUUUUACAAGAAAGACCUACACCUUGCGUACCAACGCCGUGUGGCUCUAAUGCUAUAUGCCGCGAACAUUAUGGCGCUGGUUCCUGCUCAUGUCUUCCUGAAUAUAUUGGUAACCCAUACGAAGGUUGCCGACCAGAAUGCGUUUUAAAUUCUGAUUGUUCUCCAAAUAAGGCUUGUAUAAGAAAUAAAUGUCAAGAUCCUUGCCCGGGUACGUGUGGACAUAAUGCUAAUUGUCAAGUAAUAAAUCAUUUGCCCUCUUGUACUUGUCUGCAUGGAUAUAUUGGCGAUCCAUUCAAAUUUUGCGCUAUACCACAAGAUGAACCCAAAAAUCCAUGCUAUCCCUCUCCAUGUGGACCGAAUAGCAAUUGCCGAGAAAAUAAUAAUCAAGCCAUAUGUUCAUGUUUACCUACUUAUAUUGGUAAUCCGCCAGGAUGCAGACCAGAAUGUGUUGUUAGCUCAGAAUGUGCCCUUGAUAAAGUAUGUUUGAAUAAAAAAUGUAUCAACCCUUGUCCCGGGCCCUGUGGCAUUAAUUCACAAUGUAGAAUUGUUAAUCACAGUCCUAUAUGUACAUGUACCUCAGGUUAUACAGGAGAUCCAUUUUCUUACUGUUAUCCUUUGCCACCACCUAUCAAAAUAUCAGUCAAGGAUGAAAUACGAAAUCCGUGUUAUCCAUCACCUUGUGGACCAAAUUCUCAAUGUCAUAACAUUGGCGGAACAUCUUCUUGUUCUUGUUUGCCUAAUUACUAUGGUUCUCCUCCCUUUUGCCGUCCCGAGUGUACUGUUAAUUCUGAAUGUAUCAGUAGCAAAGCCUGUAUUAAAGAAAAGUGCAGUGAUCCCUGCCCUGGUGCUUGUGGUUUUAGGGCUAAGUGCGAAGUAUUCAAUCAUUUGCCUACAUGCACCUGCAUAUCGGGAUAUGAGGGUGAUCCAUUUAGCUACUGUAAUGAAAAACCUCCAAUGAAUGAAAUUGCGUUGAAAGAUCCUUGUAAUCCUUCCCCGUGUGGCCCUAAUGCCAAGUGCCUUAAUGGUUUGUGUUCGUGUCACUUUGAAUUUUAUGGGGAUCCUUAUACUGGCUGUAGACCCGAAUGUGUUCUGAAUUCUGAUUGUGCACGAGAUAAGGCAUGCUUGCGUAAUAAGUGUGUCGAUCCUUGUCCUGGUAUUUGCGGAAAUAAAGCAAUUUGCAAUGUGAUCAAUCACAUUCCCAUAUGUAGUUGUCCACCUGAAUUGACAGGAAAUGCCCUAAUUUCCUGUAGGCCAUUUAUUGAGCAACCUUCUGUCAAUCCAUGUUAUCCUUCACCUUGUGGACCAAACAGUCAGUGUCGCGCUAUAAACGGUCAAGCUGUUUGUUCUUGCAUUAUUGGUUAUAUUGGCCAACCACCCACUUGCAGGCCAGAGUGUAUAGUUAGCUCUGAUUGUUUACCGAACCAAGCUUGUAGUAAUCAAAAGUGUAAAAAUCCAUGUCCUGGUACAUGCGGAAUAAAUGCUCGAUGUGAAGUAUCAAAUCACAAUCCAAUUUGUAGUUGUAUUAGUGGUUACAUUGGUGAUCCAUUUUCCAGAUGCUAUGUUAAACAUAAUAUUCCACAAACUCGAAUAAAUCCGUGCCACCCAUCUCCAUGCGGGCCAAAUUCUCAGUGUCAUGUUUCAAAUGAUUCUCCAUCAUGCUCAUGUCUAUCUGGAUUUAUUGGACAACCACCGAGUUGCAAGCCAGAAUGUAUUAGCAAUAGUGAAUGUGCAAGUAAUUUGGCGUGCAUCAAUCAAAAAUGCAGAGAUCCAUGCCCUGGAUCAUGUGCGUUCAAUGCCGAAUGUCGCGUGAUUAGUCAUACACCAAAUUGCUUCUGUUCUGUGGGACAUACCGGUGAUCCUUUCACAAACUGUUAUCAGAUAAUAGAGAAUGUGCAAAAAGACAGCUUAACACCUUGUAUUCCAUCACCUUGCGGGGCCAAUGCCAUUUGUAGGGAACAAAACGGUGUUGGCUCGUGUACGUGUUUACCAGAAUAUGUUGGUAACCCAUAUGAAAAUUGCAGACCUGAAUGCAUCUUAAACUCAGAUUGCUCCUCAAAUCGUGCUUGUAUAAGAAAUAAAUGCCAAAAUCCUUGCCCUGGCACAUGCGGACAGAAUGCUAAUUGCCAAGUUGUAAACCACUUACCACAUUGCACUUGCUAUCCAGGCUAUACUGGCGAUCCAUUUAACCUGUGCAAUAUAAUUCAAGAACAACGUGAGUCAAUAAAACAAAAUCCUUGCUACCCAUCACCAUGUGGACCAAAUAGUCAAUGCCGCGAAAGUGAUGAUCAAGCUAUUUGUUCAUGUUUAUCAAACUAUAUUGGAAGCCCACCAGGUUGCCGACCUGAAUGUGUAGUUAGUUCCGAAUGCAGCUUAAACAAAGCUUGCAUAAAUCAAAAAUGUGCAGACCCUUGCCCUAAUACUUGUGGCACUAAUGCAAACUGUAAUGUGAAUAAUCAUAGCCCAAUCUGCACAUGUAAACCUGGAUAUACAGGCAAUCCGUUCUCUAUUUGCUACUUAAUAACAGUACCAAACGAUCCUAUAAUACCGGGAAAUCCUUGCAUACCAUCACCGUGCGGACAAAAUGCUAUUUGUGAAAACGUCAAUAAUUAUGCAAAAUGUACAUGUUUGACUGGAUAUAUAGGAUACCCUCCAAAUUGUAAACAUGAAUGUGUUAUAAAUUCUGAUUGUAUUAGCAGUUUGGCCUGUAUUGAUAACAGAUGUAAAAAUCCUUGUCCAAAUUCUUGUGGAAAUAAUGCUAUUUGUAUCGUUAUUAAUCAUGCAGCUAUUUGCACUUGUCCGAGUGGAUAUAUGGGUGAUGCAUUUAGCAGUUGCUAUCCUAUUCCUAAACCAUCAAAUGAUGUUAUUCAUGAUCUAUGUCAUCCAUCACCAUGUGGUACAAAUGCGAUUUGUAAAGAUGGUAUCUGCUCGUGUAAAGUUGAGUUCUUUGGUGAUCCUUAUAUCGGCUGUAGACCAGAAUGUACAAUUAAUUCAGAGUGUAUGAGCACAUUAUCAUGUAUUACAAAUAAAUGCUUAGAUCCUUGUUUAGGACUCUGUGCUAGUACUGCACAUUGCAAUGUUAUAAACCAUAUAGCAAUAUGCAGUUGUCCGCAAGGAAUGACCGGAAAUGCUUUCAUCAGCUGUUCACGCAUUCCACCACCGGAAGUAAAACAUCCGUGUAACCCAUCUCCCUGCGGUCAAAAUAGCCAAUGUCAGGAGAUAAAUGGUCAAGCAAUAUGUUCAUGCAUAAUAGGCUACAUAGGAAGUCCACCCACUUGUAGGCCAGAAUGUACACUAAGUUCUGACUGCAGUCUUCGUAAAGCUUGCAUAAAUCAAAAAUGUGAAGAUCCGUGCCCUGGUACAUGUGGAAUUCGAUCUAUCUGCGAAGUCAUUAACCACAAUCCUUUUUGUAAAUGUCCGCCAGGUUAUAUUGGAAAUCCAUUCACAAGAUGUGAAUUGAAACUUCAAGCAAUUAACCAUUUGGAAAUAGAUGUAUGUAAUCCAUCACCUUGUGGUCCAAAUUCAAUAUGCAAAGUUAUUGGCGAUGCACCUUCUUGCGCAUGUUUACCAGAGUUUAUUGGCAGUCCACCGUAUUGUAGACCUGAGUGCAUAAGUAAUGGAGAAUGUAGUAGCCGCUUGGCAUGUAUACGCCAAAAAUGUAAAGAUCCAUGUCCAGGAGUUUGUGGAACUAAUGCUCAAUGCCAUGUUAUCAGCCAUGCUCCUGUAUGCGUUUGUCAGCCUGGCUAUGUUGGUGAUCCAUUCACUGGUUGUUAUAUUGAUCCUAUAAAAGAACGUCCUGUAAAAUAUAUCAACCCUUGUAUGCCAUCUCCUUGUGGUAUAAAUGCCAUGUGCAGAGAACAGAAUGGUGCUGCAAGUUGUUCCUGUUUAUCUGAUUAUAUUGGCAAUCCAUAUGAAGGAUGCAGGCCAGAGUGUGUCUUGAAUUCAGAUUGUCCGCCUAGUCGAGCAUGCAUAAGAAAUAAAUGUCAUGAUCCUUGCCCGGGAACUUGUGCGCAAAACGCGUUUUGUCAAGUUAUAAAUCACAUACCAUCUUGCACUUGUUAUCCACGUUAUACUGGCGAUCCAUUUAGAUAUUGCAGUAUAGCUAUAAGUGAACCAAAAUUAGCAGAUGUAAAGGACCCAUGUCGCCCUUCACCAUGCGGACCAAAUUCUCAAUGCGUUAUUGUGAAUGAUCAAGCAAGUUGUUCUUGCUUACAAACAUACGUUGGAACACCCCCAAAUUGUCGCCCAGAAUGCAUUGUCAGCUCUGAAUGUGCCCUGGAUAAAGCAUGUGUUAAUCAUAAAUGCAUUGAUCCUUGUUCUGAGCAAUGCGGUAUUAACGCUAAAUGUAAAGUAAUAAAUCACAGUCCAGUGUGUACAUGUGCAGUAGGCUAUACAGGAGACCCGUUUUCUCGUUGCUACUUAGUUCCUCCUCCUCAACCAGCGAUAGUUCAUGAAUACCAAAAUCCCUGUUAUCCGUCACCAUGCGGAAUAUACUCUCAAUGCCGAGACGUUGGAGGCUCGGCUUUAUGCAUGUGUUUGCCAAACUAUUUUGGAAUGCCUCCAAAUUGCAGACCCGAGUGUGUUAUUAAUUCUGAUUGUAUCAGUAGUAAAUCAUGCAUAAAUGGAAAAUGUAGGGAUCCAUGCCCCAACUCAUGUGGUGUUAAUGCUAUAUGCCAUGUAAAUAAUCACAUUCCGAUUUGCACAUGUCUAGAAAGUUAUGUAGGCGAUCCAUUCAUAAGUUGUCAUUUAAGACCUAACAUACAGGAUAAACCUAUACCACAAGACCCUUGUAAUCCAUUCCCAUGCGGAUCCAACGCACACUGCUCAAAUGGUAUAUGUACUUGCAUAUCUGAAUAUCACGGUGACCCAUACACAGGAUGUCGUCCAGAAUGUAUAUUGAAUUCAGAUUGUGCAAGAAACAAAGCUUGUAUUCGCAAUAAAUGCACUGAUCCUUGCCCUGGUACAUGCGGCAGUCAAGCUAUUUGUAACGUUGUGAACCAUGUUCCUAUAUGUAGUUGCCCGCAUGAUAUGACUGGAAAUCCAUUCAUAUCCUGCAGAAUUUUGCCUCCACCUAAAAUUGCUGAUCCUUGUAAUCCAUCACCAUGCGGUCUAUACAGUGCAUGUCGUGUUAUAAAUAAGCAAGCAAUUUGUACAUGUUUGCCCAACUAUCACGGGACUCCACCAUCAUGCAGGCCAGAAUGUGUAGUAAAUUCAGAAUGCGACUUAUCUCUAGCCUGCAAUAACUUCAGAUGUAUAGAUCCUUGUAUAGGAGCAUGCGGAUUAAAUGCUAGAUGCACAGUCAGAAGUCAUACGCCAGUAUGCAGUUGCCCAACUUUAUAUACUGGCGAUCCUUUCUCCAGAUGUCAUGCUAUCCCUCUAAUGGAAGAACCAAAGCCAAUACCAUCAAAUCCUUGUCUGCCACCUCCGUGCGGACCGAAUGCCCAAUGUAAAUCUCACGGUGAUACUUAUAGUUGCUCUUGUCUCCCUGAAUUUAUCGGACAACCACCAUACUGUAGGCCAGAAUGUAUAAGUAAUUCCGAGUGUGCAAAACACUUGGCUUGUCUUAACCAGAAAUGCCGUGAUCCUUGUCCAGCAUCUUGCGGAUAUAAUGCCGAAUGCCAUGUGUCAAAUCACAUACCGCAUUGCAUAUGUCUCCAAGGAUAUGUUGGAAAUCCAUUUACUUCGUGUUCUAAACCAACACCUAUUCCAUCGACACCUCCACGAUUACCAAAGGAUCCAUGUCAUCCAUCACCUUGCGGACACAAUGCGAUAUGCCGCACGGAGUACGACAGAGCCCUUUGCGAAUGUAUCACAGAUUACCACGGAGACCCAUACCAAGGAUGCCGACCAGAAUGUCUGCUAAAUUCCGACUGUCCGAUGAACCGUGCAUGUUUGCGAAACAAAUGCCAAGAUCCGUGCCCAGGAACGUGUGGAGUAAACGCUCAAUGCACUGUGGUAGCGCACGUACCAAGCUGUUCGUGUCUUGAAGGAUACACUGGAGAUGCGUUCAGACAAUGUUUGCAGAUUACAUAUAGAGAAACCCCAGCUGCAAGAGACCCAUGUAACCCAUCACCUUGCGGGCAGCACACGAUUUGUCGAGCACUUAAUGGACAAGCGAUCUGCGAAUGUCUGCCUGGCUUCUUCGGUCAGCCAACUAGCGGAUGUCGACCUGAAUGUACUAUAAGCUCAGAUUGUGCGCAAGACAGAGCUUGUGUAGCUCGUAAAUGUGUCGACCCGUGCACUUCAGGAAGCAAUAUUUGUGGAUUUGGAGCACGGUGCAGAACAGUCAACCACAGCCCACUAUGCUCUUGUCCUCCGCCACUAAUAGGCGAUCCAUUUGUGAGAUGUAUUGAGCGUACAAUUGAACCGGUAGACCCUUGCAAUCCAUCACCAUGCCAAGGUAACGGGCAAUGUAGAAUUCACAAUGGCGCUGCUAUAUGUAUUUAUCCUGAAUGUGUUAUCAACCAAGACUGCCCACGUGAUAAAGCCUGUUUCGGUCAGAAGUGCAGAGAUCCAUGUUCUAUAGAUGCUUGUGGAAUCAAUGCUUUAUGUAACGCAAUUAAUCACAAAGCCGUUUGUACUUGUCCACCUGGUUAUGUGGGCUCGCCACACAUCGAUUGCAGAUUGCAAAUAAUUGAAGAUGUACCAAAACCAGAAUGUGUAGAAGAUAAAGAUUGUUCGAAUGAUAAAGCUUGUUUGGCGGGCAGAUGUUUGAAUCCAUGUCACGAUAAUCCCAGUAUUUGCGGAGUAAACGCUGAAUGUCACGUCCAACUUCAUAGGCCGGUUUGUACUUGUAGAAAUGGAUUUACUGGCCAUGCUCAGCACGUUUGCUAUGAGAUUGGUUGCCGCCACAAUUCUGACUGCCCUGCCCAACUCGCUUGCGUAAAUCGCGAGUGCAUCGACCCUUGUCUAUCAACACAGUGUGGCGUAAACGCACGCUGCAUAGCAGACUCGUAUCAUCACGCACGAUGCCAUUGCCUACCAAAUCACGCUGGUGAUCCAUUGGUUCAAUGUCUAAGACCUGAAUGCUCAUCGGAUCGCGAUUGCCCGCACGAUUUAGCAUGCCGCAAUCAACGAUGCGUUGACCCGUGCGAUUGCGCUCCUGGUGCUCAAUGUACUGUCAUCAAUCACCGUGCACAAUGCAGUUGUCCGACUGGAUAUGCCGGGGAUCCACAUACUGCUUGCAAGAUAGUUCCAAUUGAGAGGGCGCCACAAUGUACAACUGAUGCAGAUUGCUCUAGCAGACUAGCUUGCUUCAGCGGCAUAUGCAAAAAUCCAUGUAGUGAAACCAAUCCUUGCGGUAUACAUGCCAGCUGCUCCGUGGUAGAUACUUUGCCACUCAGAACGAUAGCUUGCCAAUGUGAUGUUGGUUAUACUGGUGAUGCAAGAGUUGAAUGCAAAUUAGAAAAAGUUGGCUGCAGUAGUGAUAAUGAUUGCGCGUUUACUGAAACCUGUCGCAACACACAAUGUGUAAAUCCAUGUCAAGUUGGAAGUCCAUGUGCCCUAUCGGCCGAAUGUGAAGCUCAUUCGCAUAAGGCUACAUGUAGAUGCCCCAUUGGGCUAGUAGGCGAUCCAUUCGUCAACUGCUACAGAGUACAACAAACGUUGGUCAAAUGUGUAUCAGAUUCAGAAUGUGCGGAUGAUCGCGGAUGCAUAAACGGACGAUGCCAAGAUCCAUGUGCAGAAGCAAACCCAUGCGGUGGACAUGCCACAUGCAGCGUACGUAGACAUCGCCCAAUAUGCCAAUGUCCUCCAAAUUGGGGAGGCGACCCACAAAUACAAUGCUACCAACCUGAAUGUCAAGCUGAUCAUGAUUGUCCAUAUGAUAAGGCAUGCAUAGGAAACAAAUGUUUGAAUCCUUGCACUUAUGGAGAAACAAUACACUGUGGUCGCGGAGCGGAAUGCAGACCACAAGCACAUCGCGCUAACUGUGUUUGUCCACAAGGAAUGCAAGGAGAUCCGUUUAUCAGCUGUGUUGAAGGAAUGUGCCAAUAUAAUGAUGAUUGUGCAGAUGAUGAAGCGUGCGACAGGCUAAAUAGAGUUUGUAGAAAAGUUUGUGAUUUUGAUACAUGCGCUGAAGGUGCUAUUUGUGAAGCCAGAAGACAUCAACCUACAUGUAGAUGUCAACCUGGAUUAUUCGGCGACCCCUAUGUUGAAUGCACAGCACCUAAACAACCUUUGCUUCCACAACCGGAAUGUCAAUAUGAUGCUGAUUGUCCGAGUCGUCUGGCAUGUAUCAACAACAUUUGCGUUGACCAAUGCCGAAUGAAUUUGCAUACUUGUAGUCCUGAUCAAAUCUGCACAGUUUUGGAUACGCUACCUUUACGAACAGUUGUUUGUAAAUGUGCUGAAGACAGAAUUAUAACCGAGGACGGCCGCUGUGCUGAGAUAACUCGAGAUAAACCAAUGUGUAGAAAUGAUCACGAGUGCCCUGACUCAGAUCGUUGCCAUCACGGUGCUUGUAUAGAGGCUUGCAAACUUGAUAGAUGUGGAGUUAAUGCUAUUUGCACAAGUAGAAGACAUAAAGUUGAUUGCAAAUGUGCUCCUGGUUAUCAGGGAAAUCCACAUAAAGAAUGCAUUCCAAGUAAGUAAAAACUGAUGUUACUUAUAUCACUAUCUUAUUGAUAUUAUUUCAUGCUCAACAUUAGUUCUAUAUUAAUUUAUAAUUAUUAAAUAUUUAAUAAUUCAAUUUCAGUGCCCAAACACCCAUCUUACAUACCGCAAGCAGAAUGUUAUCACGAUGAAGAUUGUCCUUCCGACAGAGUAUGCCAGCGCGAACGUUGUGUUAACCCUUGUCUGCAAGAAGGCGUUUGCGCCCGAACAGCUUUCUGCCACGCUACCAGGCACCGCGCAGUAUGCAGGUGCCCCGAUGGCUACAAUGGCAAUCCACAAAUAGAUUGUAUACCACCUUCAGAAGCAACAAUCGGCUGCAAAUCAGAUUCAGAAUGUACUCUUUCUGAAUCAUGUGUUAAUAGGCUUUGCAUUAAUCCAUGCAAUUGCGGAGAAAAUACUAUAUGCCAUGUCACCCAACAUCAUCCAAUAUGUUAUUGCAAACCAGGAUAUUCAGGAAAUGCUCAAAUUGGUUGUGUCAAAUUGGGCUGUGAAUCAAAUCAUGAAUGUAGUGAUGAUAAACAAUGUUUCAAUGGAGAAUGCAUAAGCUCAUGUUUAUUGAAUGAUCCUUGCGCAGUAAAUGCCGAAUGCUACGGAACAAAUCAUCGUGCUGCUUGCAGAUGCGCAUCAGGUUUCGAAGGCAACCCAUUACAUCGUUGCGAGCGUAUUGAAUGCGUGCAAAACUCAGAUUGUCCGCUUAGUCGCUCUUGUGUCAAUCGACAUUGCGUUGAUCCUUGCGCACAAAGCUCACAAAUUUGCGCUCAAAAUGCCAUCUGUACUGUGAGAGAUCACCAUGCUGCCUGUAGAUGCCCAGAAAGUCAUCCUCUUGGAGAUCCAACAUCAUAUUGUCAACGCAGACCUAUAUUCCAAGAUAAACCAGAAUGUGAAAUUGAUCCGGAUUGCCCAAGUCGAAUGGCCUGCAUAAGACAGACUUGUCAAGAUCCAUGCAGAGAAUUACAUCCAUGUACAUCAUCUUCCAGAUGUAGCGUCCUAGACACUGUUCCAGUACGAACAAUGGUUUGCGAAUGUCCUGAUGGCUGGGUACCAGAAAUUAAUGGCGAGUGUCGACCUAUACCUUUACCAUCCCCACCAGGCUGUACUUCUGAUGCAGAUUGCCCAGACUCCGAAGCUUGCAUUAAUAGGCAAUGCCACAAUCCUUGUGAUUGCGGCCUACAUGCUACUUGUUUCGUGCGAAACCACAGACCAAUUUGUUCAUGUGAAGAAGGUAUGGAAGGUAAUCCGAAUAUUGCCUGCCGCACUGUAGGAUGCCGCGUUGAUUCCGAAUGCGGUUCAAGCAGGGCUUGUGUGAAUGGUCAAUGUAUUGAUCCUUGUUUGUUAAGAGAACCAUGCGGAAUAAACGCUGAAUGUUUUGUUAGGCAUGGACAUGCAGAAUGCAGAUGUUUAAGCGGUUAUAGAGGAAACAGUUAUGAGCGCUGUGUUCCUGUUGGAUGUAGAAGUAAUAAUGAAUGUCCUAUGGAUCGACAGUGUAUUGACGGGCAAUGCAUAGAUGCAUGUUUAUAUGAUAAUCCUUGCUCUUCGAGAGCAGAAUGUCGAGUGCAGAAUCACCAACCAGUAUGUAGAUGUCCAAAUGGUUGGAUUGGAAAUCCAUAUAUUCGCUGUCGACUAGAGCCCCAACCGGAAUGCUUAAUUGAUACAGAUUGUGGAGCUACAUUAGCCUGUCUUGACGGGACAUGUAAAGAUCCAUGCGAAGUUCUAGAACCGUGUAGAAGACCGGCCGAAUGUCACGUGGUUCCAUCAGCACCAGUGCGCACAAUGUAUUGUGAAUGUCCUAACGGAUAUAUUAGUUCUGGAGAAGGUACUUGCAAAGCCGUUCCCGCCAUAGUAACAACAACAGACGGUUGUGUUUCAGACACAGAUUGUCCAACCGACAAAGCGUGCGUGAGAGGUUAUUGCAGGGAUCCCUGCAAUUGUGCAUUGAAUGCUGAAUGCCGCGUACGUGAUCAUAGACCAGUUUGCUCUUGCAAACAAGGUUUUGAAGGGAAUCCAGAAUUACACUGCGUUCGAUCAGGCUGCAGAUCUGAUCAAGAUUGUUCAGGAAAACAUCGUUGUUCAGAUAGACGUUGCGUACCAGUAUGUCCAGCCUGUGGAAUAGGCGCCGAUUGCUAUGCAAUUGAUCACCGGCCAAUUUGUGAAUGUCCCGCAGGUUUAUCAGGUGAUCCCCAAAACUCUUGUAUUCUUGUGGGAUGCCGUAGUGAUUCAGAUUGUCCAUCAGAACGUGCUUGCGUAAAUGAUAAAUGUGUUGAUCCUUGUGCUAAUAAUGGUCCAUGCUCUUCUGGUGAAGAGUGUGAAGUGAGAUACCAUAAAGCGCAAUGCCUGUGCGCUCCUGGAUUUAGGCAAAUAAGUGACGGCAUUUGUCAACGGGAACGUGAUGAAAGUUGUAUAGUGGAUGGUGAUUGCGCUUCGCGUUUAGCUUGCAUAGGAGGUGAUUGCAUUAAUCCAUGUAAUGUUACAGCGCCAUGUGGAGUUAAUACUAUGUGUACUGUACUUGAUACUUUGCCAGUUCGUACAAUGAUAUGCGAAUGCCUACCUGGAUAUCAAGGAAAUGCUGCUGUUCAAUGCGAUAAGACUAUUGUAUGUCGCACUGAGAAAGGAUACAUGCUUGAUGAAUCAGGCCGUUGUUCUUGCGCACCUGGCAACGCAGCCGAUGAAAAUGAAGAUUGCGUACCAUGCAGACCUGAACUUGGCAUGAGAAUCACACCAGACGGACGUUGUGCUUGCGCUCUAGAGAGGGGUAUGGUGAUUGAUGAGCGUGGCAGAUGCAUAUGUCCAGUAGAGCAUGGAUAUAAAUUAGACGAGUCAGGAUGGUGUGUGCGAGUAGAACGACCAGAGUGUGAAACUGAUGAUGACUGUGCUGAUGACAAAAGAUGCGGUAAGGAGUCUAAAGUUUGUGAAGACCCAUGUUUGGAUAAAGUAUGUGGAGUAAAUGCUUUCUGUAAUGCAACUCGUCAUAGAGCAAUCUGUCAGUGCAUAGCUGGCUAUAUUGGAAAUCCAGACGAAAUAUGCAAACAUGACAAACAAAUCCGAACAGAUUUUCCAUCACCGGAUAUAGAAGUCAAUUGUCAAGCGGACGGCGUUAAAGUGGAUAUACAUAUUCUUGAAAAAGGAUUUAAUGGCGUUCUUUAUGUGAAAGGACAUAGUAAAAAUCCUAAUUGCCGCAGAUUACUAAAUCUACCUCCUGAUGGUCCACCAAGAACUGAAAUAUUCAAAGUACUUUUUGGAACAUGUGGUCUUAUUCACGUUAAUGGUCAAGCCAGUUUCGUUUUGGUUAUACAGAAACAUCCUAAAUUAGUCACGUACAAAGCUCAGGCUUAUCAUAUUAAAUGUGUGUACAGAACUGGCGAACAGAAUGUGACAUUAGGUUUUAAUGUAGCUAUGCUAACAACUGCUGGAACAAUAGCCAAUACAGGACCUCCGCCUACAUGUAUGAUGAGAAUAGUAACUCAUAAUGGUUUAGAAAUAAACUCUGCUGAAAUUGGUGAUAACUUAAUGUUGCAAGUUGAUGUUCAGCCUUCAACAAUUUAUGGCGGAUUUGCGCGCAGUUGCGUCGCUAAGACAAUGGAAGAUAGCGUAGAAAAUGAAUACAUAGUAACAGAUGCUGACGGUUGCGCAACAGAUCCUAGUAUUUUUGGCGAAUGGGAACAUAGUUCAGAGUCUAACUCUUUAUUGGCCAGUUUCAAUGCUUUUAAGUUCCCGUCCAGUGAUAAUAUACGAUUCCAGUGCAAUAUUCGCGUCUGCUUUGGUAGAUGCCAACCGGUCAACUGUAGAGGAUACGACGCCUUCGGAAGGAGACGCAGACGAAGAGAAGCAGUGCAGUUCCUGGACGAAGAAGCGGCCAGAAACGCAUCUAGAGCCGUUCAGCCUAAACAGGAUGCUCUUGAAGGACAACUUAGAGAAGAAAUUACGAUACAGUCAAAUGCCAUCUUGACGUUUGAGAGGAGGGAAGAAACUUACCCAUCAGCACAACGAGGAGGCGACGAUAUAUGCGUUUCAACGGUGGGUCUAAUCGUAGCUCUAGUGAUAACAGCCCUGUUGGCCCUAGUGGCCGUAGCCGUAGCCGUUUCGUGCUGGCUGAUGGCUUACAGGAGGAUGCCCAGGCCAUCAGGUCCGCUUCCCCAUCCGCCAGAUUUCCCAAAUCCGCUUUUCACAGGCGCGGAGCCUGUUGCGGAACCAACACCGGACUACGUUACGUAGCUGCUUUCUCAGGUCUGAUAGAAUAGUUUUAUAAAUUAAGGUCGCUGCUUCCCGACAAGUAAAAUACGAGGUAUAUAGAACGAAUCAAAAUUUAAUUUUAAUACUCGAAUCAAAUUUGGGUAUCCUAAAAGGUUUAGACUAUUUUUGUGCAAUAAAUGAAUGCCGUCCAUUUAGUAUUAAGUAGUUUAUAUGGAAAUGAAAUAUAAUAAAUUUAGGUAAAAAAAAUUAUAGUUCCAGAAGACAUACUGCCUGAAAGUGAAAAUAAGGGAAGCAGUUUAUUAUACAAAUUAGCAACAAAAACAAACUGCCUAGCUACCAUACUAGCCGACUAAACGAUCGAAUUUCGAAAUACGAGAUGAUAGUGAAAUGUCAUGUCGUAGUUUUGGAAAAAUUUAGUUUUAUAGAAAUUGUUACGAGAUAUUUUAAUAACGAAUGUAUUUUUAUAGAAACGAAUUUUUAAUAUUACUAAUAAUUAACAAGUCGAAAAGAAUGAUUUGUUGAAAAAAAAAAGAACGCGAGAAUUAUUGUUAGCAUUUAAAUAACGCCCAGUAUUAGGGACUUUUUGGUGAUCUGAUCAAAGUUUAAAUAACAGAGUCCAUAUUUAAUCUAUUGAUCUCACCAUUUACUAGUUAUAUAUUACGAAGAGUGCUAACAAUUAUCCGCAUUCUAUGACAGACCUUCUCCUCAAAUGGCCUUCAUUAUUAAUAAUAAUUCGAAUAAAACAUAUCGUUUGGGGAUUAAUAGUAAAUGAGUGAUUUUAAUAUUAUCUGACUGAUGUUGAAUGUGCAGAAUGUUGAAUGAAUUUUGUUAGUUAGGUGGCGGGAAAUAAAUCGUAUAGAUAUCGCGACUGCUUUCCAAAAUUACAUGUGUUGAACGAUCGCGAACCUGAAAAAUAAGCAGUGCCAAAUUUACAUGUAACAAUUAUUUUAACAAACGCUUUGUGCCAUUUUGAGGAUCGGGUCUAUAUUUUAAGAUUGUCGAAUUAUGCAAAUAAUAUAUUAUUGUCAGUAUGAAUCCGUUUAAAAGUAAGUAACCAAACAGUCUUGUUAAUUUGUUAUGUUACUCGUCGUAUAGAUAAAAGUCAAAUUAGUUCUUAUUCGGCGAUUUUAAAUUUAAUACUCUAUGCGAUAAUAUUUCGAUUAAUUAUACUCAGAAAAAUUAUCAU